GAGGAAAUGAAUAAAUGACAUUGAGGAAACGUGACUAGGCCAGGAGUCCUCGAGAUUUCCUGAGUCAGGCGCCUGGAGUUCACGUUCGGAGCAUUCCUCUGUCAACAAAUGGCUCAAUACCAAACAUACGAGUGAUGAGGGCAUUGACUAAAAAUCAGUCAGUUGGGUGAUUGUCUGCAUUACAUUUUCUAGGCAAAACGUUUAGUAAUGUGUUGGAUUUAACUUUAAGUGUGUAUACUUCCUAAAAUUAUUUAACUAGCUACUAUAGCUAGCCAACCAAAUCCACCACCACUAGCUUAGCCACGUAAACUAAAUUACAGCCUGCUUGCCUGGCAAGUUUUACCUGGAAGGGAUAGCUAGCCAUCAUUGUUUGUAGAGGGUAAUAGCCCGGCGGUGCCCUGAAUUCGGGGAGAAUACCCGGCUCCGUCCCUUUCAAGCGGGCAGUCAGGAAGAAACUGUCUGGGAAGGGAUGGCCUGGUGGGUCAUCCUGUUCCCAAGGUGCUGCGGUGUUUGAGGGCGGACGAGUUCGGAUAGAACCCACGGUGGGUCGCGGCACGAUGAUGGCUGCAUUCCCUUCCGUGUCUGGGAGCAUCACGGCCUCCGGGCUAAUGUUAUCAGGCAGAAAGAGUGAGGAAAUAGCGGAUUUGAUAGAUUUGUUUUCGAAGACACAGUACAGAGCGAAAGAAGUCACGCCACGGGUAAGUUCGAGGUCCUCAGCAUGACUUUUUAAAUAUUUAUAUAUUUUUUACUAUGAUUUCUGCAUGUCAUAUUAUAGCCAGUUGUAGCUAUGUGUUUACCCAGAGAUGGUGUACCAUCCGCCAAACGUCACUUACAUUUACGCGCGCUUCAAGUAAACAACAACAACCUGCAGUGCCUAGUGCCAGUGCCUAGAGACUGCUCACCUGCCCCGGACGUUAGAAUCUCAUUCCUUCUGAAGGAGCCUAUUUCUUUAACUGUCCAGAUACUCACACUUGAAUUUAGUCAAGCCUUUUUCAUACGACUUCAAACCCACCAACAAAAAAAAACAAUGCUUGGAACAAUAUUCUUAGUAAGAUGCAUGCCAUGUGAAUAGCACUAUACAAUGAAGUAAGGGGUCCUUAUUUUGGGGUAAUGAUGAGAUGGUAAGCAUAUCAGUUCAUAUUCUUCAAAAAUCUAGUGGUUAUAUUUCAUAUGUGAUUUAGAAUAUGUGAUGUAGCUACACAUCCUGUUUUUCCUUCUUUGUGUGGGGGGGAGGAUGUGACUAUGCGUUUCAUGAAAGACUAUCAAUCACCACUUUGGUAUAUUUGUGUCUUACAGGUCGCGACGAUAGAGAAGCGUUGCUUGGAGCUCUUUGGCAGAGACUACAAGUACAGCGUCAUCCACAACGCCAACGGGGAGGUGUGUGGCCACUACCCCCGGCAGAUGGUCUUCCUGGAGUAUGAAUGCACCGAACUCCAUAAAGAGGGGUAGCGUACCUACCUACUUUAACUUAACAAGGUCAUCACUGAGGCUGUGUCUGCAGCUAUUAGACCUACUAGUUGCCCAGUCCUUGCUUCCCCAGUCCUUGCUUCCCCAGUCCUUGCUUCCCCAGUCCUUGCUUCCCCAGUCCUUGCUUCCCCAGUCCUUGUUUCCCCAGUCCUUGUUUCCUCAACUCCUCUCAAAGCACAUUGGAGGAGGAGGACCGAGGGAGGGACCUUGGAUCCUCUCCUCCAAUGCACUUUGAGAGGAGUUGAGGAAACAAGCAAGGAUUUGACAGCCAGUAACAUUUUCAGUCACAGCCUGAGACAAAGUCCAGUCCACUUAGUCACCAAUUACACUGUUGUUUAUUUGUGCGUGCCAUAGUCCACAGCCCAUAUUCACAUAUGAUGAAUGUAAACUCAGAGUAGGUGUGCUGAUCUAAAGCCCUAGGCUCAGGUCACCCGGUCCCUAUAGAUUUAUUCAUUAUGAUCUAAAAAGCUAAACUGAUCCUAGAUCAACUUUUCUAAUCUGAGUUGGAUUAAGAAAACUUGGACAGAAAACAAAACGGGGUUAAAUGUAGUCCGGUCCACAUCUUCAUGAGUCAUGAUUCAUGACACAGAGGGGGUUCGAAAUGUCUGAGGUCACAUGUUAUAUGUGUGAAUAAAUGGGAAACGUAUGGGAGCGUUUUGUUUUGGAAUGUGUUCGGAAAUAGAAUAUGCACUUUUGAACUAUGAGCAGAGCAGCACAACACUUAUAAGAUCCACACAGUGAGGAAGAUGUCUUGAGGUUUCAAAAAGGGCUCUUGUCAGGUUGGAUAACAUGUUUAUGGGGAGAAUGUCCUCCCUUCCGGCAUUAUGUUUCCAUAUGUCUGUGACCUGCCCCAUAGUUACCCUCUAUGCAAAUUCAUAAGUCAGGGGAAACAGCCACUCAAUAAUUCAUAUAAACACCCAUAACAUUUUCGCCCAACCAGGAUAUCUAGAGCAAACAAACACACGAGUGAGAUGGAUUUUAUGUGGCAUUGUUUGUGUUGUCGGUUGACACUAAAUAGGGGCUUUAGGCUACGAGCUCACUCAAGAAUACACAUUAGUUUGGAUGUUAAAAUGAAAACGCUGAAUACUAAAUAGGGUAGAAUCUUUGUAGAGUUAGGCUAUCAUGUUAGGAGUUUACAAGGCUGAUGUGCUGUUAGGAGAUUACAAGGCUGAUGUGCUGUUAGGAGAUUACAAGGCUGAUGUGGUGUUAGGGGUUUACAAGGCUGAUGUGGUGUUAGGGGUUUACAAGGCUGAUGUGGUGUUAGGAGGCCAGUGGCUCUGGCUGCACUGCGGUUGAACCUGUACCGCUGGCGUCCAGCCUAUCUUACUGGACUGUAUGUGAGCCGUCAGUCUCUGUGGCUAUUGGGGCAGUUUGCACGUGUUAUUUUUUUCUUGCUACAUGAUAUAGUAUUGCUAUAUUGAGGACUGAUUCAUGUAGGUAUUGUUUUAACAGAUCAGUGAAGAUAUAUAUUGCUAUUUGCUAUAUUGAGGAUCCAUAUAUUGCUUUGUUAUAAUAUAUCAAUUAAAAUAUAUUGCUAUUGUGAGGUGUAUGUUGAUUGAUAUAUUGCUGCUGUGUCCCCAGGUUUGAGAGCACAGUCCAGAUCACCAAGCUGCAGGACCUGGUGAACCGCAGUAAGAUGGCCCGCUGCAGAGGGAGGUUUGUCUGCCCUGUCAUCCUCUACAAUGGCAAAGUAUGAUUUGUAUAUAUAUAUUUCAUCUAUUUACAUAUUUAUAUAUAUAUAUAUAUAUAUAUAUAGAGUACCAGUCAAAAGUUUGGACACACCUACUCAUUCAGGGUUUUUCUUUAUUUUUACUAUUUUCGACAUCACAACUAUGAAAUAACACAUGGAAUCAUGUAGUAACCAAAAAAGUGUUAAACAAAUCAAAAUAUAUUUUAGAUUUUAGAUUCUUCAAAGUAGCCACCCUUUGCCUUGAUGACAGCUUUGCACACUCUUGGCAUUCUCUCAACCAGCUUCAUGAGGAAUGCUUUUCCAACAGUCUUGAAGGAGUUCCCACAUAUGCUGAGCACUUGUUGGCUGCUUUUCCUUCGCUCUGCGGUCCAACUCAUCCCAAACCAUCUCAACUGGGUUGAGGUCGGGUGAUUGUGGAGGCCAGGUCAUCUGAUGCAGCACUCCAUCACUCUCCUUCUUGGUCAAAUAGCCCUUACACAGCCAGGAGGUGUGUUUUGGGUCAUUGUCCUGUUGAAAAACAAAUGAUAGUCCCACUAAACGCAAACCAGAUGGUAUGGCAUAUCGCUGCAGAACGCUGUGGUAGCCAUGCUGGUUAAGUAUGCCUUGAAUUCUAAAUAAAUCACUGACUGUGUCAUCAGUAAAGCACCAUCACACCUCCUCCUUCAUGCUUCACGGUGGGAACCACACAUGCGGAGAUCAUCUGUUCACCUACUCUGCGUCUCACAAAUGUACGGCGGUUGGAACUAAAAAUCUCAUAUUUGGACUCAUCAGACCAAAGGACAGAUUUCCACCGGUCUAAUGUCCAUUGCUUGUGUUUCUUGGCCCAAACAAGUCUCUUCUUCUUAUUGGUGUCCUUUAGUAGUGGUUUCUUUGGAGCAAUUCGCCCAUGAAAGCCUGAUUCAUGCAGUCUCCUCAGAACAAUUGUGUUGUGAUGUCUGUUACUUGAACUCAACUAUAAAAUGUAUUUUGAUUUGUUUAACACUUUUUUGGUUACUACAUGAUUCCAUAUGUGUUAUUUCAUAGUUCUGAUGUCUUCACUAUUAUUCUACAAUGUAGAAAAUAGUAAAAAUAAACAAUAACCCUGGAAAGAGUAGGUGUGUCCAAACUUUUGACUGGUACUGUAUAUACACUGCUCAAAAGAAUAAAGGGAACACUUAAACAACACAUCCUAGAUCUGAAUGAAUGAAAUAAUCGUAUUAAAUGUCAAAUGUAAUGUCCUUAAAACAAGUCAAAAUGAGGCUCAGUAGUGUGUGUGGCCUCCACGUGCCUGUAUGACCUCCCUACAACGCCUGGGCAUGCUCCUGAUGAGGUGGCGGAUGGUCUCCUGAGGGAUCUCCUCCCAGACCUUGACUAAAGCAUUCGCCAACUCCUGGACAGUCUGUGGUGCAACGUGGCGUUGGUGGAUGGAUGUGCUCAAUUGGAUUCAGGUCUGGGGAACGGGCGGGCCAGUCCAUAGCAUCAAUGCCUUCCUCUUGCAGGAACUGCUGACACACUCCAGCCACAUGAGGUCUAGCAUUGUCUUGCAUUAGGAGGAACCCAGGGCCAACCGCACCAGCAUAUGGUCUCACAAGGGGUCUGAGGAUCUCAUCUCGGUACCUAAUGGCAGUCAGGCUACCUCUGGCGAGCACAUGGAGGGCUGUGCGGCCCCCCAAAGAAAUGCCACCCCACACCAUGACUGACCCACCGCCAAACCGGUCAUGCUGGAGGAUGUUGCAGUCAGCAGAACGUUCUCCACGGCGUCUCCAGACUCUGUCACGUCUGUCACAUGUGCUCAGUGUGAACCUGCUUUCAUCUGUGAAGAUCACAGGGCGCCAGUGGCGAAUUUGCCAAUCUUGGUGUUCUCUGGCAAAUGCCAAACGUCCUGCACGGUGUUGGGCUGUAAGCACAACCCCCACCUGUGGACGUCGGUCCCUCAUACCACCCUCAUGGAGUCUGUUUCUGACCAUUUGAGCAGACACAUGCACAUUUGUGGCCUGCUGGAGGUCAUUUUGCAGGGCUCUGGCAGUGCUCCUCCUGCUCCUCCUUGCACAAAGGCGGAGGUAGCGGUCCUGCUGCUGGGUUGUUGCCCUCCUACGGCCUCCUCCACGUCUCCUGAUGUACUGGCCUGUCUCCUGGUAGCGCCUCCAUGCUCUGGAUACUACGCUGACACACAGCAAACCUUCUUGCCACAGCUCGCAUUGAUGUGCCAUCCUGGAUGAGCUGCACUACCUGAGCCACUUGUGUGGGUUGUAGACUCCGUCUCAUGCUACCACUAGAGUGAAAGCACCUCCAGCAUUCAAAAGUGACCAAAACAUCAGCCAGGAAGCAUAGGAACUGAGAAGUGGUCUGUGGUCACCACCUGCAAAACCAGUCCUUUAUUGGGGGUGUCUUGCUAAUUGCCUAUAAUUUCCACCUGUUGUCUAUUCCAUUUGCACAACAGCAUGUGAAAUUAAUUGUCAAUCAGUGUUGCUUCCUAAGUGGACAGUUUGAUUUCACAGAAGUGUGAUUGACUUGGAGUUACAUUGUGUUGUUUAAGUGUUCCCUUUAUUUUUUUUAGCAGUGUAUAUAUAUAUAUUUUUAUAAUUAGAUAUGUUGCUUUUAUUUUACAUGGAAGUCCCAUUGACCUCGGCCCUGUUGUUCAGUAUGAAGAAAGUUAGAGGUAGUUUCCCGGGCCAAUGCUAACUAGCGUUAGCGCAAUGACUUGAAGUCUAUGGGUAUCUACUAGCAUGCUAGAUAAAGGGACCUAUUGCCAAAAUCCUGAAGUAUCCCUUUAAAAUGCAUCCUUCUAUACUCCAUUGCUUGAGGUAAUCACUGAUCUGAUGUGACAUAAUCAGUGAAAUCAAUGCAGUGGAAAGCUUGCCAACACUUGCCUAAUCCUGUCAUGUCAGAUCAGUGAUUACCUCAAGGGAGGGAGGCAGGAAGGAUGCAAUUGAAGAAUAUUUGAACAGGGCCCUCAAAUCACCUCUACCCGGCCAGGCACAUUCCACCUUCCUGUUUGAGAUCUGUUUCAUUUUUAAAAGAGAUCAGUGCAAUAGUAACAUUUUUGGAUGCAAUAUUUUAAAAUAAUACUUUUUAUUGAGCAACUUUACAUUAUGUACUAUUAACGGCUAAGUCUAUUGCUGCCUUGUUAUUAGCCUACUACAGCUAUUACGACUAAGUUUGUCAUUUGUAAUUGAGGAGGGGGGAAAAGUAUCUUGAAACUUUGCAUUUCUAGUUUGGAACUGUGUUGGUCUCGACUGCUGUGUUCCCUUUCUGUUUAUCUGUCACAACGUUCAAAUGUGGCCUCUGUUUGAUUUGCGGUGAAUCUUUGAAUACCUGUUGUGCAUUGUCUUAAAUACUCCUCGCCUUUGAACAAGGAAGUGAGUGUGUCAAAAACAACAAUGAGAGGGAGACUUGAUUGACAGGUUUCUAGACUAUUGGGAUGAGGAGUAUGCUAACCAGCGCGUGUUGAUCUAAUCCUGUGUUGUCUUCCAUUGCAGCAUAUCUGUCGGUCAUCUACUCUGGCAGGCUGGGGGGAGCUAUACGGGCGCACAGGCUUCAACUACAUCUUCUCAGGUGAGACUGACACAAAAUACAUUUUGUCCGCGAGGAAAACUCUUAAUCUAGUUCAGGGCCUUAUUCACAAAGAGUCUCAGGGUAGGUCUAGGAUCAGUUUUCCCCUUUUUGAUCAUAAUUAAUGAGAUUACAUGGACAGGGGGAACUGGAUCCUAGAUCAGCAUUCCUAAUCUGAGAAGCUUUAUGAAUACAGGCCCGAAUCUAUUUUAAUCUGGACCCAUUUAUAAAAGGAGAAGUUUUCAUGCACUGCUUCCACCCAGUUUCACUUUUGUGUCUGAAAUACAAACGUUUGGGUCUACCGACCUUUGUCAGAGCGUGUGACUUCUACGACUGCUUUGUCAGCAAGCGUCUCACACUUCUUAAACUCUUCAAUGAUGAAGUCCCUAUUCCAAGCUCAAACGUUGCUGCUAUAUUUCCACUUGUUUGGCUGUAGUCGAUCUCCCCAAGCCAGUUUUUGAAUAUGCAUCCCUUUCUGUACUCUCUCUGUCUCUCUGUCUCUCUCUCUCUCUGUACUCUCUCUCUCUCUCUGUCUCUCUGUACUCUCUCUGUCUCUCUGUCUCUCUGUCUCUCUGUACUAUCUCUGUCUCUCUGUCUCUCUCUCUCUGUUGCUCCUUUCUUCCUCUCCCUAGGGGGGAUUGAUGACACGUGGGGGGCGGAGUCUGAGCCAGAGGUUCCAGAUGACGACAGUGCCAGGUUGGUGUCUUUUCACAUGAGAUUAAAUUAUCCCAUGGUGUGUGUGUGCGGAACAUCAACAUCCUCCUUAAAUGAUCAGUUUGUUUUCUUUGCUUGAUUCAGUGCUCAAAAUGCCACAGACAUUUUUGUGGUUAUUUGAUGACUUCUAAAACCUUGUGGUCAUUUCUUUGCACACUUUCUCUCCCUCCUAUCUCUCUCUCUGUGUACCCAUCAUCUUCUCAAUCUCUUUCUCCCUCCUAUCUCUCUCUCUGUGUACCCAUCAUCUUAUUCUCAAUCUCUUUCUGCCUCCUUUCUCUCUCUCUGUGUACCCAUCAUCUUCUCAAUCUCUUUCUCCCUCCUCUCUCUCUCUGUGUACCCAUCAUCUUCUCAAUCUCUUUCUCCCUCCUAUCUCUCUCUCUCUGUGUACCCAUCAUCUUCUCAAUCUCUUUCUCCCUCCUAUCUCUCUCUCUCUCUCUCUCUGUGUACCCAUCAUCUUCUCAAUCUCUUUCUCCCUCCGAUCUCUCUCUCUCUCUCUCUCUCUCUGUGUACCCAUCAUCUUCUCAAUCUCUUUCUCCCUCCAUCUCUCUCUCUCUCUCUCUCUCUGUGUACCCAUCAUCUUCUCAAUCUCUUUCUCCCUCCGAUCUCUCUCUCUGUCUACCCAUCAUCUGCUCAAUCUCUUUCUCCUCCAAUCCCUCUAUGUGUUACCUCAUAUCUGCUCGAUCUCUUGCUCCCUCCUAUCUCUCUCUCUCUAUUCUCUCUCUUAUCUAUCUAUCAUCCUCUUAUCAGAUCUCUCUCUCUCUCUUCUCUCUCCUCUAUCUGUGAUAACAUAAUCUUCUAAAUCUCUUCUCCCUUCUAUCUCUAUAUAGUGUACCCAUCAUCUUUCUCAAUCUCUUUCUCCCUUCUCUCUCUCUCAGGUGUAACCAUUCAUUCUGCCAUAUAUUUCUCCAUCCUAUCUCUCUCUCUCUCUAUCUAUCUCUCUCUAUGUGUACCCAUAAUAUUCUAAAUCUCUUUCUCCCUCCUAUAAUCUCUGUGUACCCCAUCAUCUUGAAAUCCAAUAUCUUUCCAUACACCGAUCACUCCAUACUCAUCUCUGUGUACACAUCAUCUUCUCAGUCUCUUUUAUCAAUAAGAUCCAUAUCUCUUCUUGGUACCCAUAUCUUCUCAAUCUAUCUUUCUCCCUACAAUAUCUCUCUCUCUCUCUUAUCUCUGUGUAACCCAUAUCUUAUCAACUAUUAUCCUCGAUCUACUCUGCUGUUGUUAAAAAUAAUCUUCUCAAUAUAUUUUAUACACUCAAUAUCUUCUUAUAUGGGUACAAUAUCUUAUCAAAUAAUAGGAUACUAAGAUCUAUAUCUAUCUAGAUAUAUAUAUACUAUAUCUAUAUCUAUAGCUGAAUCUAUAUCAUCGCUCUAUGUGUACAAUAUAUCCUCAAUAUCUUUAUACUCCGAUCUCUCUCUCAUCUCUUCUCUAUCUAUCUCUAGAAUCUAUCUCUCUCUUCUUCCUCUCUUCUCUGGUACCCAUCAUUUAUCAAUCUCGUUCUCCCUUCCUAUCUCUCUCUCUGGUACCACAUAAUCUGUCAAUACUCUUUCUCCAUCCCAUCUCUUAUCUCUCUCUUACUGUGUACCCAAAACAUCUUCUCAAUCUCUUUCUCCAUCCUCUCUCUCUUAUGUGACCCAUAUAUGCCUCAAUCUACUUUCUACCUCCUAUCUCCUCUCCUACUCUUCUCGGUGUUGUUACCCAUAUCUUCUCAAUCUCUUUCUCCCUCCUAUCGCCUCUCUCUCUCUCUCUUCUCUCUCUCUCUCUCUCUCUCUCUCUUCUCUCUCUCUCGAUCUAUCUCUCUCUCGUCUCUCUGUGUACCCAUCAUCUUCUCAAUAUUAUGUCUCUCUCUCUAUUCUCCUAUAUACUCUCUAUUGUGCUUCUCUCUCUCUCUCUCUCUCUCUGUGUGUACACAUCAUCUUAUCAAUCCUUUCUCCAUCUUUCUCUCUCUCUGUGACCCAUCAUAUCUCAAUCUCUUCUCUAUCCUAUCUCUCUCUCUCUACUAUGUGUAACCAUCAUCUCUCAAUACUUUAUCAUCCAUCUCUCUCCUCUCUUCUGUGUUACCCAUCAUCCUUCUCAAUCUCUUCUCCAUCUAUCUCCAUAUCUCUUAUAUCUCUCUGUGUACCCCUCAUCCUUCUCAUCUCUUUCUCCCUCCGAUCUCCUAUCUCUCUCUCGUGUGGUCUGUGUACCAAUCAUCUUAUAUUCUCUCCUCCUCCUCUCUCCUCUAAUCUCCUUCUCUAUCCUCUCGUGUACCCUCAUCUUCUCAAUCUCUUUCUCCCUCCUCUCUUAUCUCUUGUGUUACCCAUCAUCUUCCAAUAUCUUUCUCCAAUAAUAUAUCUCUCUCUAUAUCUGUGUACCCAUCAUCUUCAUCAAUCCUAUUUCUCCUCCUAUCCUCUCUCUCUCUCUCUCUCUCUCUCUCUUAUAUCCUCUUCUCUAUAGUAUCUCUAUGUAAACAUCAUCUGCUCAAUCUAUUUAUACCUCAUAUCUCUCAUCUCUAUUGUGGACACAUGCAUCUUCUCAUCUUUUACCUCCUAUAUAUAUCCCUCUCAUUACUAUCUAUUAUUAUACUCUCUCUAUCUAUCUAAUCUUCUAUCGCUCUCUAUGUGUACCCAUCAUAUUCUCAAUCUCUUCUAACUCGCGCAUCUCUCUCUGUGUACCCAUCAUCUCUCCAAUCUCUCUCUCUCCUCACUCUCUCUCCUCUCUUAUCUCUAUACUCUCUCUCUCUUAUCUCUCUGUCUCUCUCUCUAUAUCUGUGUGUACCCAUCAUCUUUCAAUAUAUUUCUACCUCCUAUAUCUCUCUCUGUGUACCCAUCAUCUUCUCAAUCUCUUUCUCCAUCCUCUCUCGCUCUCUCUCUCUCUCUCUCUCUCUCUCUCUCUCUCUCUCUCUCUCUCUCUCUCUCUCUCUCUCUAUCUCUCUCUGUGUGUACCCAUCAUCUUUCAAUCUCUUCUCCCUCCGAUCUCUCUCUCUCUCUAUCUGUGUACCCAUCAUUCGUCCAAUCUUUUCCUUCCUCGAUCUCUUACUCUCUCUCUAUGUGUACCAAUCAUCUUCUCAAUCUCUUUCUCCCUUCUCUGUCUCGUGUACCCAUCAUCUUCUCAAUCUCUUUCUCCCUCGUAUCUCUCUCUCUCUCUCUCUCUCUCUCUCUCCUCUCUCUCUCUCUCUGUGUGUACCCAUCAUCUUCUCAAUCUCUUUCUCCCUCCGAUCUCUCUCUCUCUCUCUCUGUGUACCCAUCAUCUUCUCAAUCUCUUUCUUCCUCCGAUCUCUCUCUCUCUGUGUACCCAUCAUCUUCUCAAUCUCUUUCUCCCUCCUAUCUCUCUCUCUCUCUCUGUGUCGUCUCUUUCUUUUCCUUGCUUGAUUGAAUGCUCAAAAUUCCAAAUACAUGUUUGUGGUUCUGGGCACUUCUCUGCUCAACCAUCGCUCUCGCGCUCUCGCGCUCUCUCUCGGUCUUGCUCUCUCUCUGUCUCUCUCUUUCAUCUCUUCCUCUCUGCAGCAAUGGGGACUCUCAGCUCUUUGACAAGGUGCGGGGUCUGGACAUCAAGCUGCUGCGCUACCUCUCUGUGCGCUACAUCUGUGACCUCAUGGUGGAGAACAAGAAGGUCAAGUUUGGCCUAAAGUAAGUCAACACACCCACACACACCAGACAACAUUCUUAAUGUAUUCAAUACACACACACACGUUAGUCUUUUGGUAGAAUUAUGUUGUUAAGUAAUAAACCUGACUCCUAAAGUGUACCCUUGUUUGGAUGUUGACCUUUGCAUGUGUAGCAGUGUUUUUGUCAAAAGGUUUUGUGUGUGUUCUGUGUAUUGAUUUAUCUAGGUGCCUGUGUGCUUGUUUGAUGUGAUUGUGUGCAGCAGGUAGCCUCAAGAUUAGAGCGUUGAAUCAGUAACCGAAAGGUCGCUGGUUCAAAUCCCGGAGCCGAUAAGGUGAAAAAUCUGUCGCUGUGCCCUUAGCAAGGCACUUAACCCCAAUUUCUCCAGGGGCGCUGGACAAUGGUGACCCUAGCCGUGACCUCACUUCCUACAGGUGUCUCAGGGGGAGUUGGGAUAUGCAAGAAACACAUUUCCAAUUCACACUUGUACAAGUGUGUAACAGGACAAAUAUAAGCAACCCCCAAAUUAUUAUUAUAAUGUAAUGUUGACGUGUGUGUGCGUGCUUGCUGUGGGUCGGCAGGUGUGCAGUAUACACACCGUUAGAGAGGAUUGUACAGUACAGGGUUAGUGCUUCAGGUAUGUUGUAUCUGCUUCAUCACCUUGGGAAUAUUUUCUCUCUCCUCUCCUCUCCUCUCCUCUCCUCUCCUCUCCUCUCCUCUCCUUCUCCUCUCCUCUCCUCUCCUCUCCUCUCCUCUCCCUUUAUUUAAUCUGUCGUCCAGUGUCACCUCGUCUGAGAAGGUGGAUAAGGCCCAACGAUAUGCAGACUUCACCCUGCUCUCUGUGCCUUACCCAGGUAAAACCCUAACCCUUACCCAGGUAAAACCCUAACCCUUACCCAGGUAAAACCCUAACCCUUACCCAGGUAAAACCCUAACCCUUACCCAGGUAAAACCCUAACCCUUACCCAGGUAAAACCCUAACCCUUACCCAGGUAAAACCCUAACUCUUACCCAGGUAAAACCCAAAUCUCUCUAAACCCAAACCUACGUUUACAAUCCAUUUAUUCUAUUCACUUUUUAUCUACUUUUUAUAAUACAUGUUGUUUUUAUUAGGAAAAGCAGGUUUCCACACUCAAAUAUAUAUUUUUAUUUUUUAUUUUAAUGUACAAUAGUUCCAUAGACAACAGAAAGGCAGUUGGUAAGCCUUACAAUGCAUUUCUACAUCUUAUCGUUAUAGGUACACUCUUCCCCAGAGAGAUAGCUGUACUCUUCUCUGUGCAUACAGUUUUUACCACAACACCAGGGCUGCAUUCAUUAGGGUACGCGGUUUUCAACUGAAAAAGGAAACAGGCGGUUCUUAUUGGAUCCUCCCUGUUUGUCUGUUUUCUUCUGUUCGGUGCCUAAUGAACACGACCCCUCUCUCUGUGUCUCCAGGGUGUGAGUUCUUUAAGGACUACAAAGAUAGAGACUACACUGCUGAGGGACUAGUAUUCAACUGGAAUCAGGUAUUGUUUGACACACACACACACACAAUCUCUGAUUUGAGAUUCGUCAUAUCUAUUCUCAGCGCCUGUAUUUACAAUGCGUCUUGAAGUUAGGACUACUGAUGUAGGAUCCGGUCCCCCCUGUCCAUGUAUCUUAUUCAUUGUGAUCUCAAAGGCAAAACUGAUUCUAGAUCAGCACUCUUAGACGCUUUAUGAAUACGGGCUCAAGAUCUCAAAACAUACCGUUUUAUUGUUAACCUUCAUCAACAGGAUUUUGUGGAUGCUCCUUUGACAAUCCCUGUGUGCUUUACCAAGAACUUAAAUAUAGACUGGAGUCAAUAUCAGGUACGUCUACUAAUACCUGAAUAUCAGGUGCAUCUACUACUUUCCUCAUAUAAGCAUCAUUCUACUGUAUUAAUACUUCAGCCAACUGUCAUCAAGUCUUUCCAGAUAUUACUGGUCUCAAAGUGACCUCUGUAGGUUGGUUAUGAAACUGCAUCUGGUUGCCGACCGCUAAUUUCUCAUGUUGUGUCUUGACAUUCAUUAAGUUAUUUUGUUUAUGACCAUUGUUCCAUUGUUUUCAGAUUUUGCUGAUGUUUUUAGGAGAGUUUUACUUGCUAUGACUGUGAUAUGUGGUUGUCGUACCUAGCUAACUUAAGUUGAAUGCAUUAACUGUAAGUCGCUCUGAAUAAAAGCAUCUGCUGAAUGACUGAAAUGUAAUCUAAAAACAGUUUAAAUUAGGGCUGUCAUAGUUCAUCUGGUAACUCAAGUCAACUUUUUGUAAUUUUAGUAUACAUUUAUUUUAUUUUAAUGUGAUUAAUCACAUUGUCUGAAAGCGUUGAAAAUACACUGAAAACAUCCCAAAUCCAUAAUCUAUACAGCUAAGAACAACAAUGUGAUGUUAAAACAAGUUGACAUUGAGGUUAAAGAAAGUGUGGUUUAUCAUUAUAACUGAUUUUGCUAACCGUUACUUUGGACAAAAUCAAGACAUUAAUAUUCUUGUAAUGAUUUUUGUAUAAAAAAUCUUAAAUUACGGCUCAAUUAGAGCAAAUUCAGCAAUACGUUUUUUAAAUAAUUUGACAGCCCUAGUUUAAAUGCAUAUUUUAGGUUAUAAGCGAUGUAGUCGCCACAACAGGGCCACGUUCACUAGGCAAAUGUUGUGGAACGAUGCAGAUAGACAUGUCAUGAAUAGAGCUGCCGUGAUUCCUUAUUCCAUAUGUCAGAGAUUCUACAUAACAUAUUUCUAUCUGAGUGUUAGUGCCCUGCUGAAUGCGCCCCAGGUGAAAACGUGUUGAAACUCUUCGUGUUCUUCUCUGUCCUUCUGUUUCAGUCUUGGGACCUGGUCCAGCAGACCCAGAACUACCUGAAGCUGUUGCUUCACAUCAUCAACAGCGACGGUCAGUGCGUGCGUGGGUUGAGUGUGUCUGGCGUAUGUGGGUGUGUCUGCCGUGCGUUUCUGGGUGGGUGUGGGUGGCGGGUGUGGGUGUGGGUGGUGUACGUGCAUUGGUUACAGCUACUUUCUUUCAGGGAGUAAAUUGACCUAGAAAAAGAGUGGUUAAGUCCUAUCUCAUACCUCAAAUGGUCCAGUGAGGGUCCCUGAGAUGUUGAACUAUUAGACCUUAAAGUCUUGUUCAUGGGCUUUAGUCUUCGUCACUUCCUAAUCUCUAUAAAACCCUGUGUCAAUGCUUCAUUUCUUAAAUGGUUCUGAUUUGCUUCUGAUUUGCUUGUGAUUGGGUUUGCCCCCUGUAGAUGAGAGCGGUCUCCUCGUGCACUGCAUAUCCGGUUGGGACCGGACACCUCUCUUCGUGUCCCUCCUGCGGCUCUCGCUGUGGGCAGUAAGUGUUCUCCUCUCAUCUCUCUCUUUUAUUCCUAUCCAUCGGUUUCUCUCUAUUUUUCUAUUUUUCUCUCCUAGGCUUGGGCGGUAUCCAGAUUGUCAUACCUUCAUACCGACAUUGUGCCGUACCAGGAUAUUUGGUAAUACCGGCAUUGAACACAAGGGCCGCUAUCUUCAAAACCCACUGAGCCUUUGUAAUCCGAAGGUUAGCAAUGCUAACAAGUACAUGUAAAAUCACAUGGGGAAUGCUAACUAAAUGUUAACGAUCGCAUUGUGAACAUUUUAUAGUCUCUGACUUAAACUAUUUUCAGGACAGACAUCCCAGCUCAUAAAGUUAUACAAGUAACAAAACUGUUUGCUGCACAAAACAAAUAUUACACAGCAAGACUCAUGAUCCAGGAGGGGAUUCUCUGCUUAUCGGCAUGCAAAGCUUGAUUUUGGAAGAAGCUAAACACUUGAAUUCAGCUAUUUCAGCCACACCCGUUGCUGACAGGUGUAUAAAAUCGAGCACACCGCCAUGCAAUCUCCAUAGACAAACAUUGGCGGUAGAAUGGCCCGUACUGAAAACCUCAGUGACUUUCAAAUUGGCACCGUCAUAGGAUGCCACCUAUCCAACAAGUCAGUUCGUCAAAUUCCUGCCCUGCUAGAGCUGCCCCGGUCAAUUGUAAGUGCUGUUAUUGUGAUGUGGAAACGUCUAGGAGCAACAACGGCUCAGCCGCGAAGUGGUAGUCCACACAAGCUCACAGAAUGGGACCGUCGAGUGCUGAAGCGCGUAGUGCGUAAAAAUAGUCGGUCCUUGGUUGCAACACUCACUACCGAGUUCCAAACUGCCUCUGGAAGCAAUGUCAGCACAAUAACUGUUUGUCGGGAGCUUCAUGAAAUGGGUUUCCAUGGCCGAGCAGCCGCACACAAGCCUAAGAUCACCAUGCGCAAUGCCAAGUGUCGGCUGGAGUGGUGUAAAGCUUGCCGCCAUUGGACUCUGGAACACUGGAAACAUGUUCUCUCGAGUGAUGAAUCACGUUUCACCAUCUGGCAGUCUGACGGACAAAUCUUGGUUUGACAGAUGCCAGGAGAACGCUACCUGCCCCAAUACAUAGUGCCAACUGUAAAGAUAGUGCAACUGUAAAGUUUGGUGCAGGAGGAAUAAUGGUCUGGGGCUGUUUUUCAUUGUUCGGGCUAGGCCCCUUAGUUCCAGUGAAGGGAAAUCUUAACACUACAGCGUACAAUUACAUUCUAGAUGAUUCUCUGCUUCUAACUUUAUGUGCAACAGUUUGGAGAAGGCCCUUUCCUGUUUCAGCAUGACAAUGCCCCCGUGCACAAAGCGAGGUCCAUACAGAAAUGGUUUGUCGAGAUUGGUGUUGAAGAACUUGACUGGCCUGCACAGAGCCCUGACCUCAACCCCAUCUAACACCUUUGGGAUGAAUUGGAACGCAGACUGCGAGCCAGGCCUAAUCGCCCAACAUCAGUGCCCGACAACACUGAUGCUCUUGUGGCUGAAUGGGAUGCAAAUCCACGCAGCAAUGUUCCAACAUCUAGUGGAAAGCCUUCCCAGAAGAGUGGAGGCUGUUAUAGCAGCAAGGGGGGAAUCAACUGUAUAUUUAUGCCCAUGAUUUUGGAAUGAGAUGUUCACAUACAGUUGAAGUUGGAAGUUUACAUACACCUUAGCCAAAUACAUUUAAACUCAGUUUUUCACAAUUCCUGACAUUUAAUCCUAGUAAAAAUUCCUGUGUCUUUAUUUUAAGAAUGUGAAAUGUCAGAAUAAUAGUAGAGAGAAUACUUUUUUUCAGCUUUUAUUUCUUUCAUCACAUUCCCAGUGGGUCAGAAGUUUACAUACACUCAAUUAGUAUUUGGUAUCAUUGCCUUUAAAUAGUUUAACUUGGGUCAAACGUUUCGGGUAGCCUUCCACAAGCUUCCCACUAUAAGUUGGGUGAAUUUUGGCCCAUUACUCCUGACAGAGCUGGUGUAACUGAAUCAGGUUUGUAGGCCUCCUUGCUCGCACACGCUUUUUCAGUUCUGCCCACAGAAUUUCUAUAGGAUUGAGGUCAGGGCUUUGUGAUGGCCACGCCAAUUCCUUGACUUUGUUGUCCUUAAGCCAUUUUGCCACAACUCUGGAAGUAUGCUUGGGGUCAUUGUCCAUUUGGAAGACCCAUUUGCGACCAAGCUUUAACUUCCUGACUGAUGUCUUGAGAUGUUGCUUCAAUAUAUCCACAUAAUUUUCCUUCCUCAUGGUGCCAUCUAUUUUGUGAAGUGCACCAGUCCCUCCUGCAGCAAAGCACCCCCACAGCAUGAUGCUGCCACCCCCGUGCUUCACGGUUGGGAUGGUGUUCUUCGGCUUGCAAGUACCCCCUUUUUCCUCCAAGCAUAACGAUGGUCAUUAUGGCCAAACAGUUCUAUUUUUGUUUCAUCAGACCAGAGGACAUUUCUCCAAAAAGUAUGGUCUUUGUCCCCAUGUGCAGUUGCAAACCGUAGUCUGGCUUUUUUAUGGCGGUUUUGGAGCAGUGGUUUCUUCCUUGCUGAGCAGCGUUUCAGGUUAUGUCGAUAUAGGACUUGUUUUACCGUGGAUAUAGAUACUUGUGUACCUGUUUCCUCCAGCAUCUUCACAAGGUCCUUUGCUGUUGUUCUGGGAUUGAUUUGCACUUUUCGCACCAAAGUACGUUCAUCUCUAGGAGACAGAACGCAUCUCCUUCCUGAGCAGUAUGACGGCUGCGUGGUCCCAUGGUGUUUAUACUUGCGUACUAUUGUUUGUACAGAUGAACGUGGUACUUUCAGGCGUUUGGAAAUUGCUCCCAAUGAUGAACCAGACUUGUGGAGGUCUACCAUUUUUUUCUGAGGUCUUGGCUGAUUUCUUUUGAUUUUCCCAUGAAUACAUUUGUGGAGUGGUUGAAAAACGAGUUUUAAUGACUCCAACCUAAGUGUAUGUAAACUUCCAACUUCAACUGUACUAUUGGUUAUGUAUUGUAGCUAACUAGCUACUAAAUUAGCAAACCAAAUGCACAACUGCAGAGUAUUUAGCACAUUGUGUGUGUCUUUGUAAACCAACACCCCGUGAAUGGGUACUACCUGUAAGCUUCAAAAUGAAAAAUGAUGUGAAAGGUUGGUGAAAUGAAGAACGCAAUCUUCUUUAUCUCUUAACGUAUUGCACAGGUGUACUGCAGGUAUUUACUUAAAAAGUAGCAAAAAAUAUUCAAAUCUAUUAAACUUCAAAUAAAUAGUUUCAACAGUAUUUAAAAACCAUCCCGUGGCUAUUUCCAAAUACCCCGGUAUACGGUAUAUACCGUAUAACGCCCAAGCCUAUUCUCUCCUUCUCUUUCAUUCCUCUCCCCUGUUUCUUUCCCUCUCUGACUCUUUCACUCUUUGUCUCUCUCUUGCUCUCUCUCUCUUUUUACACCUCCGCCACUCAGGUAUCCGUUUAGUAAUUCAAUUCCAAAGGCACUUCUUCAAAAUUAAUGCUCUGUAAUCCCACAAUGAAUUCAUCAGCUUUGACCUCCAUGCCCCUCCCAUUUAUAUAUUUACACGCAAAUGGAAUUAAGAUUCAAGACUCACCGCUUAAUCACCAGAUUCAAUAUUCAGGUUCUGCAUUUUAUUUAAAAUGUAAUAUUAGGUUUGUCCGUGUAAAUAUGGAUCAUAUUUCAGGGGGUUCAAAUACUAUUUGAAAUCUGUUAAAUACUUUGAGCGUUUGCUUUAGCUUGCCCAAAGUGUCAGAUGGGCAGGGUUUGUCAAAUUGGUGGUAGUUCCAUUGGUUCCAUUAAACAAGGGAACCUCAAUCAAGCCCAGCUUAAAGAGCCAAUCAGCAGUUGAAACAAUAACAAGGCGUUUUCUCCGCUGCUGUCUUUGUAAAAAACUGAGGGAUAGUGCUGGAGAAAUGUAAUCACUCUCAAAUUCAAAGACAGAGUUAUGGAUGCAAGGACUGACCAUCCAUGAUAUCAACAUUGUAGUUUUAACCAUGUUUUCAGGCUAUGCAUUGUUUUGUAUACAUUUACUUGGUAAAACAAGCUUAUAUUUUGGGUUCUGGUGGGGUACGACAGUUAAACUAAGCUCAUGAGGCAUUUAUAAGUUAUAUUCUUCAAGAAUCAAUGGUACAUAUCAUUUAAUGGAUGUUCAAAAAUGGUCCAGAAAUCGAUGUAGCAAUUGCUGAUUGCCCCUUUUUAAAUAUUUGAAAUGAUUUCAAAAUAGUAUUUGAACCCAGGAGUUUGUACCUGACACUUUUCAAUGUACAUCUGUCAAGCAUGGGAUAUGUUUCAAACAGAAUGAAUAAAUAGGCAGAGGAUAGCGGCUAGCUCGGAAUCGAACGACCAUGCCAAUCCCAAUGCCACCGUGUGGUGCCCGUCGAGGCUAAUUUGAAUUCUUGAAUGUAUUUUUUUUCUAGGACGGUGCCGUCCACGCCAGUCUGGAGCCGGCUGAAAUCCUCUAUCUGACCAUCGCCUACGACUGGUUCCUCUUUGGGUAAGGAUUCACAAUGAGCUCACAACCCCCCCCCCCCCCCAUUACUCCCCAGUAAUACUGACUCCUUGCCAACUCCUCAAAAUGCAUUGGAGAACAAAGUCUGAUGGAAGGAACCUUGGACCUUCUUCUCCAGUAUAGUUGAGAAGGAGGUGAGGACAUAGGAUGCGUGGAGGUGAGGACAUAGGAUGCGUGGAAUCGCGGAAAGACUAAUUGAGAUGGACCACUCGUCUCGCUCUCUUUCCCUGCCUCUCUCUCCCUCCCUCUCGAGGCUUUCCUUCAUAAUUACCGCCGUGCAUCUCUCCAAAGUUUAACUCAUCAAAUGGAGUAAAUAAGAAAACGCUCCCGCCCGCCAGAUAGCCCAAUUGAGUAAUUAUUUCCGGCCAGGCUCCUGGGACUGCUGCCAAGGAGGAGGGGUGGGACAGACCAAGAAUAACACACACACUACUUCCAUUCCUUCCUAAGAUCCAUCAUAAUUGGGCUUUUUUUUCAACUGUCGGGUUUAUGAUGUGGCAGUCUGUAUUGAUUUAUGUAAUCUCUCCAUCACUUAAAGGUAGACUCAGCGAUAUGAUGUAGAUGCAGGAAGUAAACAGCGUAGUGGGUGAAUUUCCGCAACAACUAAGAGCAUUGAAGCGCAAGGUUAAACCUUACCGCUGUUUUGGUCCCGUUGUAGCAGCGUGAAGCGGACCCGUGCACAUGCGCAGAUCCUUUGUGUGAGGGCAAUGUCUUUCAUCGCAAUAUCUGCAGUGCUGCUCGUGGCAAUGUUAUCUUGCUGAGUCUACCUUUAAACUCCCAUUGAGAGUUUGUUUAUUCGUUCAUUUCACUUUUAAACCGGUGUAGACCUUACCGUGAAAUGCUUACUUACAAGCCCUUUACCAACAAUGCAGUUCAAGAAAUAGAGUUAAGAAAAUAUUUACUAAAUAAACUAAAGUAAAAAAAAUAACAUAAAAAUUAACACAAUAAAAUAACAAUAAUGAGGCUGUAUACAGGGGGUACAGGUACGGCACAUGUGACAAAUAACAUUUGAAUAGAUUUGAAAUGGAAAGGUAACUUGACUGAUUCAGGUUCAAAGCCGGAGGUUAGAGAUGAUAGGGGUGGUGAUGAGUCAAUUGGUUAUUGGUAUACUUUUGUAAACAAUAAGGUCUAAACUGUUCCCUCUUCUUUUUGCUUUGCAGUCUCCAUCUUCAUUUUGAUCUUAACAUUUAUACUGUUUGAUCGAAUAAGUAUAUCAAUUGGAAAGGUAUAACCGGUACCACUGCAUUGUUACCAGGUACAUGGAGAAAACUGUACACUGAAUAGAAAGGAAAAGGAAUUGAAAAAGUGUUAAAUAGGGUGGUUGGUGUUGGUGGCUAAUAAUCAUAUGUAAUAACGGGUUCUUUGAUGGAUUCGGCGAUCAUUCUUAUCGAUCUGGUCUGUGUGUCUCUUCUACAGUCAUAUGCUGCCUGAUCGCCUCAGCAAAGGAGAGGAGGUCAGUGGUACUCUAACACAAUAUCAAUGCAAUGGCGUGUGUGUGGAAUAUUAAAACAUGCCCCCAAGUUCAAACACUGUUGCCAACCUCUUGAAUUAGUUUUGUAGGAAUUUACUACACCAAAGUAGAUCUAAUGGCUUGUAAAGAUAAGAGUACAGCUUUGUCUGAUUUAAUUUUAUGAAACUGAUAUACUAGAAUACUGUAACUAUUCACUAAGUAUGUUCCAAUUCUCAACUAAAGUGAGGUGUUUUGGGUGUUUUUCAAAACUAGGGGGCAGUAUUUUGUCACAUAUUUAAUGAAUGUUUUUCACAUCUCUAAGACUAAACUCCCUUCUAUUCCUACUGGCAGAUUUUCUUUUUUUGCUUCAACUUUUUGAAGCACAUUGUCUCAGAGAAGUUCUCUGCCAUGAAGAAACAGAGGUGAGUGAAAUGUCACGGAUCAACAGAGACGUUUGAAAUGUAAAUGCACUAUUAUUUGUUUUGGUCCGUCCCCGAAAUGGCACCCUAGUCCUAGAGCACUAUGGGCCAUGGUCAAAAGUGGUGCACUAUAUAGGGAAUAGGGUGCCAUUUGGGACGCAUGCAUUGUCAUUCACUCAGUGUACAAUGCCCUUAAGCCACUCUUUUAAAUGUUUCAACAGUAGAGUUGUAAGUGUACAGCCACUCAGGGCAAUAACACUGUUAUUUCAUGGUUGGAUUCCCACUGUGACAAACCAGUGUUUUUUUCCUUUUCUGUGUUCUUUGAUCUCUCUGUAUCUCUCUCUCUGUAUCUCUCUCUGUAUCUCUCUAUCUCUCUCUCUGCCUCUAUCUCUAUCUCUAUCUCUGCCUCUGCCCCUGCCUCUGCCUCUCUUUUUCUCUCUGUCUGUCUCUCUCUCUGUGUCUCUGUCUGUCUGUGUAUUAUUUCAGCAUCCCUUUUUCUCCUGUUUCCACAGAAGGAAAAACUCUCAUUUCAAAGACACUGAUUUCACAGUGGACGACCUCUGCCAGUUCAGUAAGUUGUUUCCCUGGAGACAUUUCGAGAGCUUGGGACUAUAAGGUUUUAUCAGCAUUUUUGUCAAAAUUGAGUUAUUCACAGCCUUGUUCAGUCCAAUGUUCUCUAGCCACAUAGUACUCUAAAUACCCCCAAUUUAUGUUGUUAAGUUAGAAAAAAUACAAUAAACGUUUUUGCUUUAAAGCCAGUUAUCUCAAUCAUAUUUUUGCAGAUUGAACCUUAUAGUCCCAAGCUCUCGAUUUGCUACAGUUUUAUACCGUUUUUUUUCUGGAUCGAAAGGGGGCUUAGGUGGUGGGCCCGUCAGCAUGGCUGAAGUUUAGAGAACAUUUUCUCAAAUGUCUCCAUAGAGAUAAUUUUUUGCAGUUUUAAAACUUAUUUCCUGCAAUUCUAUGCAUUUUGCCAUGGCUAAUCCUGUGUUCUUUUGCUCAAACAUAAUAACAAAAUAUAUACUGCAAAAUGUAUUGUUUUGGGAAUUUUCAAUUCUCCCCUACCUUUUAUUUUCGUGAUUGUUAGUUCUCAAAGAUUAUAUUAUAAAAUAAUAUAUACAGCUCUGGAAAAAAUUAAGAGACCACUGCAAAAUUAUCAGUUUCUCUGGUUUUACUAUUUAUAGGUAUGUGUUUAGGUAAAAUUAACAUUUUUAAAAAUUCUAUAAACUACUGACAACAUUUCUCCCAAAUUCCAAAUAGAAAUAUUGUCAUUUAGAGCAUUUAUUUGCAGAAAAUGACAACUGGUCAAAAUAACCUCGAAUAAUGCAAAGAAAAUAAGUUCAUGUUCAUUUUUAAACAACACAAUACUAAUGUUUUAACUUAGGAAGAGUUCAGAAAUCAUAUUUGGUGGAAUAACCCUGAUAUUCAAUCACAACUUUCAUGCGUCUAGGCAUGCACUCCACCAGUCUUUCACAUUGAUGUUGGGUGACUUUAUGCCACUACUGGCGCAAAAUUUCAAGCAGCUCGGCUUUGUUUGAUGGCUUGUGACCAUCCAUCUUCCUCUUGAUCACAUUCCAGAAGUUUUCAAUGGGGUUCAGGUCUGGAGAUUGGGCUGGCCAUGACAGGGUCUUGAUCUGGUCGUCCUCCAUCCACACCUUGAUUGACCUGGCUGUGUGGCAUGGCACAUUGUCCUGCUGGAAAAACCAAUCUUCAGAGUUGGGGAACAAUGUCAGAGCAAAAGGAAGCAAGUUUUCUUCCAGGACAACCUUGUACGUGACUUGAUUCAUGCGUCCUUCACAAAGACAAAUCUGCCCGAUUCCAGCCUUGCUGAAGCACCCCCAGAUCAUCACCGAUCCUCCACCAAAUUUCACAGUGGGUGCGAGACACUGUGGCUUGUAGGCCUCUCCAGGUCUCCGUCUAACCAUUAGACGACCAGGUGUUGGGCAAAGCUGAAAAUUGGACUCAUCAGAGAAAAUGACCUUACUCCAGUCCUCUACGGUCCAAUCCUUAUUGGUCUUUUGCAAACCUCAGCCUGGCUCUUCUUUGCUUCUCAUAGAUGAAGGGCUUUUUUCUAGCUUUGCACGACUUCAGCCCUGCCCCUAGGAGCCUGUUUCGAACCGUCCUCGCCGUGCACUUCACCCCAGCUGCCGUUUGCCAUUAUUUUUAUAUGUGACUUGAUGUCAUCCUACGGUUGUUGAGUGACAUUCGAAUUAGUUGACGGUCAUCCCGGUCAGUAGAGUCGUUUUCGCCCUCUGCCGGUCUGUAGCUUUGUUGUCCCCAAUGUCUGCUGCUUGACCUUGUUCUUAUGAACCGCUGUCUUUGAAAUUUUAAGGACGGAAGCAACCUGACUCUCACUGUAUCCCUCUGCCAGUAAAGCCAGAAUUGAACCCUUCUUUUCCUCACAAACUUUCCUUUUCAACUCUUUUGGCAUGGUCCAUAGUUAUAAUUUUAUUAAUAUUACUUUUGAGCUACUAUUAGCACUGUUUUUGCCAUCCAGCUGGUCCUAUUGCAAAAGGAUAGUGAUGACCACAGCAGUGGUUUUUAUACUUUUCCUCGUUAAAUAAGAUUUGGUUCAGGUGAUCACAUAAUCAGUACCUAAUUCAGUAGAAUGAGGUGUGCCUGUGUUGGAAUUCAACAGACAAUGGAAUGGAAUGGCUGUCAUACAUGUAGAGAUGCUGAUUUAAGAAAGAUUUGCUGUGGUCUCUUAAUUUUUUCCAGUGCUGUAGGUCCAUUAUCUUUUCUACAUACUUUAUAUCUGGUUUUUAAUCAUUAAAGUUUACACUGAAAACGUUUUUCCAUCCCAAAUUAUUAUUUAUUUUUACAGUUUGGACUUAGGUGACCCGAAAAAACGGUUAGGCGACCCGCCCAAGGAUUUCAAUGGCAGAAAAAUCCCUGUUAUAUGUAAUGGAUAAUCAUCAAGGGGCUAUGUGUUCUAUGUGAAAAUAAUGCAUGACGUGAAUGGUGUGUGCCACGACUAACCUUCCAGGGAGUUGCAUUAUUUUCCAGAGAACACAUAGAGCCCCAAGUUGAUUAUCACGCUUAUGCCAUGACUAUAAUUUAAACACAUUUGUCGCUAGAAAAUGUGUUCAUUUGCCGGUAGAAAUGCACUGAAGUAGCUAGCUAGCAAGUUUACUAGGUAGCUACAGUAGUUGCCUUGAUAACCAAACAAACAGACUUGCUAGCUUAGCUAACCAAACCAUCAGUCCUCUUAGCUUGCUAUGAAAAUCUAAUUCAAUAAUGGCAAUAAUAUUUUCAAUUCAUCUUUUGCUUUCAAAAGCAGCUCAAACAUAGAACAUGUAAGAAUGAUCUUCAUAGCUAUUGAAUAUUGCUGUGCAUUAUAGGGAAAUAAUUCACGCUCUCCGCUAGCGCGUCGUGGAACACACCUUCCACGUCAUGCAUUAUUUUCCAUGGAAGGCAUAGCCCCUUGUUGAUGAUCCCUUACAUAAUAUUUUAUGACAUCAGAGUACCUACAUGUACUUGGAAGUCUGUGGCUCAUUAAACAAACCUUCAUGUGGGAGAAUAAUUAGUAUCGCUACUAAUGAGGAUGGUAUGGCAUGAUAAUGAUAGUUCAUUAUUAUAUGUUACAUGAGGAUAGAGGUGUAUUUCAUACAUUUGUACAGUGGUGCUAUUGUGAAGUAACUUUCGAAAAUACCCUUGUAAGAGUUUCUGCUGUUUGCUACAUUUCUGAUAUAGGCAAUUUAUCGCUCAUGGUAAAUUGUGAAGAAGCUUUAGAAAAGACCUUUGUAAGAUUUUCUGCUGUGUGCUACAGUUUCUGAUGUAGGCAUUUUAUCUUAUGGUAAGUACUGAAGAAACUUUUGAAAAGCUAUUCAAUAGUGCCAUAUUUGCCAUGGUAUGAAUUCCCACUGUGCUACAAUUCUGAUGUAACGUGAUAAGCUUAUGUCUUGUCCCUUCGACGUGAUACACAGCUUUGAACGGAGCUACAUUUACAGCUGCUGGCAACAAUUCACCAGAUGUGCUGUUUGUGAACGCAUCCUCCACCCACCUCAUUUCAGAAUGAUUAUGUUUGUUGAUAUCGACUCUUAAAUUCACAGACCUGUAAACUAUUGAGGACGGGUUUGACUACAAGCUGUCAUCUACAAUAACGUCUCUGGCCAUUGGAUGUCAUGUUAUGCUUCCUUGAGACAAAUGGGGUUCCCUAAAAGGACCGAAAUAUUGUCCAUAUCUCUGGCAAAAGGCAUGUAUUGUUUGCCUAAGACUAAGAAUUAUUGUGGUUUCAUGAGACACAAAAUUCUUAAAUAUCAAACAUAUACAUGAACCAAUAUACAGCCAACAUUCCUGCCAAAAUGUUACAAUUGGAAACUUCCAAAGUGUAUUUUUAAUUAGUCCCUCCCCUACAACCAGUCUCUCCUCUGUGAUUGGUCUGAGGGCCUGUCCGCUAAACCUGUGUCUCCCAUGUGAUUGGUGCAGAGUCCAGGGACCGGGGCAGUGUGACCAGUCUGAGCAGUGACUUCUCUCUGAUCACGGAGGACGCGGGUGGAGCCACCUGCCUCACCAACGAUGCCGUGGACCUGUUUUCCGGUCAGCCCCUGGGAGCCUCCAGCUGGUGAGUUCUCCUCCCCCUCUGUCUGUCUGAUGAAAGUUGGUGUGACCCAAAACAUUAGUAUAAAAAAACAUCUUUAUAAGAUGAUUUAGUUAGCAGACACUUUUUGUCUGCCCUGCUCUGUAUGUGAUGUCAUGUUGACAAAUCUUCCUUUCAUCGAAUUAAGUCUAGUAUGGUUCUAACUUCUAUGGAGAGAGUGCCGUGUGUUCUCAGCCAAUUUGCCUAAAGAAUGCUAAAUUAAGGGUUAGAUAAAGUCAAGACUAACUCUCCUUUUCUGUGGCCUCCCAGGAGGAAGGGGCACACCUCGUCCCCCCAGACGGUGCUGUGGAACCGGCCCAACCCCCUGCAGGAGCGGCUGGCCCACCCCCUCAGUCAAGAGGCCAAGUCCUCCAGCUCUUCCUCCUCCAACCAAUCAGAGCCGGGUUUCACGCGCGCCGGCAGCAGUCCUAUGUCUGUGCCUGGGAGCAGUCCUAUGUCUGUGCCCGGGAGAAGGUAAGCCUUCACUUAGAUGUCAGUCACAGUGUUUUAUUUGAAUGAUUUUUUUUCAGUUUAUUCAGACGCGAUAGUAUGAAAUGAGUGUGGAAACAGAGAAAUAGAGGUGCAGAAUGGUGCUGGGGCCGGGAUUCUGUGUAUAUGUGCUUCAGGCGGCGUUAACUGCUAGACCAACCUCAAGCACAGUCGGUCACACUUUAUGGGCUCCAACCACGAUGAUGAAAGGGAUGCCAUGUUUCAACUACCUGUCUGUCUGCCCGUCUUUGUAAAUGGAUUGACUGCAACUGCAAACUGUUUUUGGCUGUUCUGCAUGAAAGGUGAAUAACUGCAUGUUAAAUUAGAAAGUCUAACCAAGUCUGCAGAGGGACAAAUGGGGGUUGUCCCAGGGCACAGACUCUCAGGGCCAAGGCACACACAUGUCCAUGCAUCCCCUGGUGAGACAUUGUGGUGAGGCAGUGUUUUCUAAUGGGGUGACAGAGCAGACCUGGAUUCUAGCUCUUCACUAGUGAGUGCGUGCAUGGCGGUUGAUCUCUCAGUGCUGCUUAAUAAUUCCCUUCUUUGUAAAGAGGAGAUCUGGAUACUUACGUCUGUGUGUGUGUGUGUGUGUGUGUGUCACCGGUGUGUUAGUACAGCUCAUCUUACUUGAGAUCCUUGGUCGUUUUCAAUUUGCAUGAAAAUGGAAGGUGUGUGUGUUUGGUAUUUGAUUCAAACUCCAAUUAUUGUCAUUCCACUAACAUUAGGGUAUGCAGUAUGUGUAAUAUCCAUCUGACGUUUUUCUAUGCAUGUUGACUUGCCUUGUUAAUCCUUGAGCGGAUAAAUAAAGUUAUAUUGGAUUGAGUUGAAUUUAAUUGAGUGUUGUCCAUUAAAGCAAAUCUAGAGUUGCAUUUGACCAUUGACUUUUGCCAAGGAGGUCACAACCCCGAGCCGUGAAGCCCCCCCACUGACCUCAUAGCUCAUUGCCCUGUAACUGAGACCCUCACAACUCGCCCAUGACCCAUGACCUCUGGACUCUAUCUCUCUCCUCUCUCCCCAUUUCAUUUCCUUAUUCUCUUGGCUCUUCCACUCCAUCUUUGUUUGUUUCUCUCCCUCUCCUCCCCCCUCCUUCUUCUCCCUCUCUCCACUCACCCCCCCUCUCUACCCUCUCGCUCUCCCAUCCCCUCUCCCCCAUCCCUCUCCCCCUCUUCCCUCCCCCCUCUCCCAUCCCCUCUCUCUCCCUCCCUCUCUCCCUCUCCCCACUCCCUCUCUCUCUCCCUCCCUCUCCCUCUCCUCCACUCCCUCUCUUCCUCCACUCUCCCCUCUCUCCCUCCCCUCUCUCUCCACUCCCUCUCUCUCCUCCCUCCCCAUCUCUCUCUCCACUCCCCCUCUCUCUCCCCCUCCCCCUCCUCUCUCCACACUCUCCUCCUCUCUACUCCCUCCCGCCCACUCCCCUCUCUCCCACUUCUCUCCUACUCCCCCCCUCUCUCCACUCCCCCCUCUCCCCCUCCCCUCUUCUCUCCCCCUCCCCCCCCCUUCUUCUCCACACUCCCCCUCUCUCCCACUCCCUCUCUGCUCCACUCCCCCUAUCUCCACUCCCCCUCUCUCCACACUCUCUUCCUCCUCGCUACUUUCCCCCCCUCUCUCCACUCCCUCCCUCUCUCCACUCCUUCCCCUCUUCUCCACACUCCCUCUCUCUCUCCCACACUCCCUCUCUCUCUACACUCCCCCCCUCUCUCCACUCCCUCUCUCUCUCCACUCCCUCUCUCUCUACACUCUCCCUCUCUCUCUACACUCUCCCUCUCUCUCUACACUCUCCCUCUCUCUCUCUACACUCCCUCUCUCUCUACACUCCCUCUCUCUCUCCACUCCUCCUGCCCCCUUUCCCCCCUUCUCUCUCAACCUCUCCUCUCUCUAUUGUGGCCAGGCUGGGGGCAGAGUACGCCCGCUCAGGCUCUUCCCUCUCCACGGACUACGGCAGCUGGCAGAUCGUGUCGGGCUGUGGCUCCAUCCACGACCACGGACAGUUCCUGCCAAUCCCCGCCACCAUGGCCGCCAACGACUUGCCCCUCCCUUUUAUCUUCCAGGACGAGGGGCCCAGCGGACGCAUGUGAGUCUACGGGCUGCGUCCAAAAAUGGCACCAGGUCCCCUAUAUAGUGUAUGACUUUUUACCAGGGUUAGGGCUCUGGUCAAAAGUAGUGCACUAUAUAGGGAAUAGCGUGUCAUUUGGGACGCACACUCGGAUCACGUUCCGAUUCUCAACCCUUCUCCCGGAAGUGUGUGCAGUUGCUCACUUCCCCGGUAUAUUUAAAAGCAUUGGAUUGGUGCAUGGGCUGAAGGGAGUUUACACCAUAUUCCUCACACCAGUCCAUUCCUUUUAAAUCCACCAGGGGGAGUGUACACUUUAGCAGAAUGGUAGAGAAUUGGAACGCAGCCAUGCACACCUCUAACUCUCCGGAAUAGCACUCCUCUCUCUCUCUCUCUCUCUCUCUCGCUCUUACCUCUUCUCGUCCCUCACUUCACCUCCUUCUUCUGUCACCCUGUUCCGUUCCUGUCACCCCGUUCCGUUCCUGUCACCCCCCGUUCCGUUCCUGUCCCGACAUUCUGUUCCUAUGUGAGAGAGGAGGCGGAGGUCCGGGGCUCAGUAAGGGUUUGGGCCUUCUGUUGGGCUGGCCCACUGCUGUGUGUGUUUGUGUGUGUGUCACACACCUGCAGAAUGUGUUUAAGUGACAAAAGAGUGUGUUGGGCAGGAUGUGUGUGUGGGUCCCUGGUGUGUGUCUGUGUGUGUACACAUUCACAACAUUGUUCAGCGGACUCUGUUUAGGCAGUCUCCAUAUACACAGCACACACUGAUGGUCUAAGCAAUGUGUGCGUUUGUGCUCCUGUACUUUUCAGACUAGGGAACUGAACAUUUGCCUCAUCAUUCUUUGUCCCCUGCGAACCGGAGGAAUAAGUACAACUGGAAGGAAAGAGGGAGGGAGGGAAGGAGUUUAUUUUCCAUCUGUCUCUUUUCAUUUUCCAGACUCCUUCUCUUCCCAGUGGGGGACAUAUUUCCAUUUCAGCUUGAUCUGGCUGCCAAAUUGAGUGUGUCCCGAGAACAACGCUCGCAGGCGGCAUAGGCAAAUAACAUCUAUCCAUCUUGAUUUGAAGGGAGAGCGAGGGGUUAGAGAGAGGGAGGGGUUAGAGAGAGGAGAGACAGCCAGCCAGACAGCAUGCGGUCUCUGAUUGUGAAUUUCCAUGUACACUGUGUCCCUCUUUCAGAACUAAAAGAUGGGUUCUCUCUUUUCUUUUUCCUCUCUUCUUGUGUCCUUCUCUCUCUCCUCAUCUCCUCUUCCCUAAAUUCACUCCCCUCUACUGUUUACUGUCUUCUCUCCUCUCUCUCCACCCUCUCUCUCUCCCACCCUCUCUCUCUCCCUCUCUCCCCCUUCUCUCCAUCUCUCCCCAUCUCCCCCCCCCCCCCUCUCUCUCCCUCUUCCCUCCCUCUCUACCUCCCCUCUCCUCCCUGUCUCUCUCUCCCAGGUGCCCGUCCCCCUCAGAGCGUCAGGCUCGUCUGGAGGCAGUGAGGGAGGUAUUCCUGGUUGCCUACAGCUCCACCGUGGGCCUCAAGUCCAGCGCGCCCAGCCCCUCUGGCGCCAUCUCAGGCCUCCUGGAGCAGUUUGCCCGCGGCGUGGGCCUCCGAAGCACCAACAGCAUCGUCUGAUCUAGGAUCAGGUCCCCCAACCCCAAGUGUGAACUCUGGGCCCGUAAUUAUUGUAAUCAUAUAGUGUCUCAGAGUAGGAGUGCUGAUAUAAGAUCCGUUUUUUUCCUCUUAGAUCAUAUGGACAGGAAGGCCUGAUUCUAGAUCAGCACUCCUACCGUGAGGCUCUUUGUGAAUAAUAACGGUUGAAUUGCGGUCCACAAUCCGCAUUCAUCUCCAUCGGGGGAAGCUACAUCUCGUAUGGACUCUAAUAAAAAUAAAAAGUGCCAAACUCCUCUACUCUAUCCAGGGGCUGAAGCGUCCUUUAUAUUUGUUCGUAAAAAAAUGUUUCCUUCUAUUAUUGUAAAUCUCAAACGUUACAUAGCCUGGAUUUAUUUUGUUCUUUCAUUUCUCUUUUUUAAAAAUGUUUUAUUCAUGCCGUUCGAACUUUAUCUCUGAAGUUAUUCAUUUUUUAGUUUGCCACACAUUUGUGUUGAUUCAGGGAGUGUCUCGGGGGGGAUAGCAAUGUCAGCCACCUGGGAGAGAGACAGGGAGGAGAGGGGGGGGGGGGGGGGGGGGGUAGAAUAAGGGAAAGCCAUUGUACUUAAACAUGUGCAGCAUUUUUCUUAGAGUUUGGUGCUAUGAGUGUGGUCAGAGUAAAAUUGACUUGUUACAUGCAGAGCAUUCAAAGCAUAUAAUGUGGAGUUCUUCCUCUUCUGUUUUUCAAAUAAUUAUUUGGGAUUUAAUGUGCUGAUCGUCCUAAAUCGAGGACGCCACACUCUUUUCUUCAGUGACCGAACACUCAAAAAAGCUGCUAUUCAGUGCUGAAUCAAAAGGAAGCGUUGUAGUGGAUACUGUGGUUGUCAUACAAACAGCACUAGCUAAGUGUGUCAGGGCAAUAGAAACAUGCUGUUUCUUUUUAUAACCAAAUGUGGCAUAGAAAAGUCAAAUAUCAAGCUUAAUUUUGUUGAAUUUAAUAUAUCAGCCUAUUUUUGAAUUGGUUACUCAUUUUUAAUAAUUGGACUUGUGGUCAGUUAAGUCACUUUUAUGUGUAGACUUUUAAGCAAAGAAAUGUUGCAUUGUCACCCUACAAAUCAUUUUCAUACUGUCUUCAGUAUGGCUAUGUGCACAUACACACCAUCAUUAGACUGGUCCCAGACCUGUUUGUGCUGUCAUGCCGACGUCUACGGUUGUGACGUGAACAGAUCCAGGCUACACCAUCAUUAGACUGGUCCCAGACCUGUUUGUGCUCUCAUGCCGACGUCUACGUUUGUGACGUGAACAGAUCCAGGCUACACCAUCAUUACCUGGGCUGCAGACCACACACCAGAAGCCAGUCCUAUUACUGGGCUGUGUUGAAAGCCUUAGAAGUUCUUUAAAAUUCCUUCACAAGGUUUAGAUUUGAGCCCACUUCUGACAGCUAUUCAUAUGGUCAGUCACUUCAUCUCUCAACUUUUGUCUCUCAGUUGUGCAACAUGACGGCUCCGAGCCACACUGCUGUCAGCCUUUAUCGUUUUAUGUACGUUUGUGGCUGCGUUCCAGGGCGACUACAUUGCAGUCGCCUCGCGACACCUGGAUAGGUGUUAAUCGUAUCAACUUACUGCAUCAGAUAAUCUAGCAAUCUGAAACCUGACUGCAGUCAAAGACAUGGCACAGAACCAUUGGUUGAUGCGAGCAGCAUGACUGCAAUGUAGUCAGCCUGGAACAUGACCUCUCUCUUUGUGACUUAAGCUGGCUUCACGUGCUCGUGGGAAGUCGUAAGUCCGGCAUGAGUUUGUUCAAGUGCUUUUAAAGUCAGAACAAUUAUUCAACCAUUAAGAUUUCAGCUAGCUUGAUGAGCUAGCUAAGGGUGGAUUUACAUUAGUAAACUAUGUCUAGUGAGAUCUGUCUUUAACAUCAGAUGUGCAACUUUUCUGUUUACACUACCUUGAAUGUGGUGUGGCCAAAGCCACAUUCCUGCUUCAUGUGUGAGUUCAGCUAUUAACAUACCGUAAAUACCUAUAGUUUAUAGAUCAACAGGUUUAUAGACAGAAAGGUUAGCAAUUCAAACUUUACAGGAGCUUCUCAUCUAAAACAUAUUGCACAUAGUGUUGCUAAGGAGGUAGUGAGGGAGACAUGUUAGAGAUAUUUGAAUCUACAUCCGUCUCUUUACAUUACACAAGUAUCUCUUCUGGACCCAUCUCUUUCUGUUGUGAAAGUAGUGUAGUGUAAAGAGGCCCUAACAUUGCUAAUAAUAAAGUUAGCUAGCUUGCUUAACAUUGACAAUAUUGUCAAACUAGCUACAUUAUCCACAUUGACAAGGUUGUAAUAGUCAAAAACGGAUUUGUUGCCAUCUUUUGGUUGAAAAGGUAAAAGCUCAGUCCGUGGUGAAACGGCACAACUCUGGUAACAACAUUUUCUCAGUUUCCCUAUUUGUAAUUCCGAUUUGGAGGGUCUUUCAAGUGAAAUUUCCAACUGGGUUCUAGACGCUUCCGAUAACUCUGAUAGCACGUGAAGGCUGCAUUAAUGGCCUAGUAAAAGCUAUCUUGCUGCAUGAGCCAGUUGACUUGGGGCUUACUUUGGAUCAGUUCGCUGCCACUGAACAGUGAUCUCUCCCUAUCUAUCCUAUCCUCUCUCUACUAUCUCAGUUAUCACUUCUUCUUUGAGAUCCGAAACAAGCCUUUUAGAUCAGGAAGAUGACUGGCCACGUUACAGGCCAACUACAUUGCUGUUGCCUGCCAGAUCACACAACGCCUGGAUAGGUGUUUAACAAACCUAACCACAUCAUAUGAUGAAGUAAAUUUGAUGCCCGACUGCUAAAUCGAUGACGUGGCACGCACCCAUUGGUUGCUGCAUGACUGCAAUGUAGUCGGCCUGGAAAGUGACCAUUAGGGAGGUAGCAAUUAUGUGGGCCAAUGGCAGUGUUGUGGCGUCAUUGCGUUGAGAGAGAAUAGUUUAAUGCCUCGAUCACGUCAUCGGAGAUUCUGAAAUGUACGACUUGCUGACUGGUAGAAAGAUGGUACCCUAGUUUCCCACUUGGGAAGGAUCAGAAUCAACCAAUAGGAAGCUCUACGCAAAUAAUUUGCAUUCAUUUUAACUCGAAGGUCCCGAGAUUCCGAAAAGAGCUGAACCCGGCAUUAGCCAGCACUUACUGGGAUUUUUUUUAGCUUGAUUGCGACGCCAAAUGGUUUCGACGGCUGCAGUACAGUACUGUGCCUCAGGACCUUUUGUUGUGCCUUUUCACCGGGAGCAGUGGAAGAGAUUCUUAUACGGCUUGAGUUGUUAAAAAAAUAUAUAUAUUUUUUUGAGAAUCCACAACGAAAGGCAAGCUGCGAGCUAGUGGCUUUUCCCCUCUAUAUCAAUCACUUGAAUGGAAAAUGAUUUAUAUUUGUUCAGUCUUUGUUCAUUCACAUUUGUCAAUGGCAAUUGAUCAUGAUGAACAGCCUUCUGUAAAGUCUGUUGGGAUUAGAUAUUUAUGUCAAUCAGUAGGGUCUAGAGCUGUUAAGGGGGAGGGGUUGGUUAAGAUUCAAGGAUAUUGGUGCGAGAUGUUACCUUUUGUAGAGUACUCUCACUUGUCAACCAGUGUGCAGACUGAUGCAAUAUUGUACAUCUGGGUAUACCUCAAUUGUCCAUUCUCUGUCUCAUUCAAUCUUCCAACAGUCUACUUAAUUGGAAGCUUACUUGGUGACUUGAUUUUACUUGUCCAAUCCUUUAAAAUCAAAUAAAGGAAACCACUGUGCCAUUGGUCCUUCCUCCCAUGUCCUGUAUUAAUCAACUGAUAUGAUUUACCAUACCAGAGAAAUGAUUGAAUAUGUCCACGGUAGGAUACAUUGGUGGCACUUGGUUCUAUUCCUAAAGGUCCCUGUUGGUGGCUAUAAGCAGCCUGCCAGCCCCAGAGUCCGUAGAUCAUUUAUUUGCAGUUGAUCCAUACCGCUUCACACUUUAGGAUUACACAAGCACCUGAAGCGAUUGUUCAACUCAUCCAUGUUUUUGCAUGUAAUUUCCCCAACUAAUUAAAACUAGUUGAAUACAGUACAUGGAUAUAUUUUAUUUUAAUAUUUUUUUUCCCCCCCUCUUGAUUUUACUGAAAUGCUGCAUUGGACAAUCAUUAUCCUGUAUAUUGUAUGUUUUUAUUUUAUCUUGUUUUUUUCGUUUUUAAAUUGCUCUUAAUUGUCGCCAGUGAGGCUACAUUGAGAAAGCUGAAUUGAUCUUCAGGUGGUAAUUAUGAAUAAAGAAAACUUUUUUUUUUGUAUGUACAAUAAUUUCUACCCUGAAUCAUUGAUCCUAUAUUUUAGACUUUAAAAGAUGUGCAGAGAAACGGGCCACUGGCUAUAGGCUCUGCUGGCUAUGCUGAUUUUCACAUUCUCUGCAAACCCAGUGUUUUAAUCAUAGAGAUCAUAUCAUUCAUUAUGAUUAGGCUAUCAGGAAUUAUAUGAUCAUUGUAUAAUUCAUUAUAUCUAAUUCUAUGGUUCUGGUCAAAUGGUGACAGUAGUCUAUGUGGUAAGCCUACACUUUUUAAAUGUUUAUUUAUUGUUUUAAAAAAUUUCUAUGGAGGUCCAUCCUCCCUUUCCUGUCCUAACUGGGGGAAGCUCCACUGGUGACCUAUUGUGGGACUAACCUACAGUUGAAGUCGGAAGUUUACAUACACUUAGGUUGGAGUCAUUAAAACUUGUUUUUCAACCACUCCACAAAUUUCUUGUUAACCAACUAUAGUUUUGGCAAGUCAUCUACUUUGGCAAGUCAUCUACUUUGCAAGGACAUCUACUUUGUGCAUGACACAAGUAAUUUUUCCAACAAUUGUUUACAGACAGAUUAUUUAUCUUAUAAUUCACUGUAUCACAAUUCCAGUGGGUCAGAAGUUUACAUACACUAAAUUGACUGUGCCUUUUAAACAGCUUGGAAAAUUCCAGAAAAUGAUGUCAUGGCUUUAGAAGCUUCUGAUAGGCUAAUUGACAUAAUUUGAGUCAAUUGGAGGUGUACCUGUGGAUGUAUUUCAAGGCCUACCUUCAAACUCAGUGCCUCUUUUCUUGACAUCAUGGGAAAAUCAAAAGAAAUCAGCCAAGACCUCAGACAUUUUUUUGUAGACCUCCACAAGUCUAGAUCAUCCUUGGGAUGAACGCCUGAAGGUACCACGUUCAUCUGUACAAACAAUAGUAAGCAAGUAUAAACACCAUGGGACCACGCAGCUGUCAUACUGCUCAGGAAGGAGACGCGUUCUGUCUCCUAGAGAUGAACGUACGUUGGUGCGAAAAGUGCAAAUCAAUCCCAGAACAACAGCAAAGGACCUUGUGAAGAUGCUGGAGGAAACGGGUAUAAAAGUAUCUAUAUCCACAGUAAAACAAGUCCUAUAUUGACAUAACCUGAAAGGCCGCUCAGCAAGGAAGAAGCCACUGCUCCAAAACCGCCAUAAUAAAGACAGACUACGGUUUGCAACUGCACAUGUGACAAAGAUUGUACUUUUUGGAGAAAUGUCCUCUGGUCUGAUGAAACAAAAAUAGAACUGUUUGGCCAUAAUGACCAUCGUUAUGUUUGGAGGAAAAAGGGGGUUGCUUGCAAGCCGAAGAACACCAUCCCAACCGUGAAGCACGGGGGUGGCAGCAUCAUGCUGUAGGGGUGCUUUGCUGCAGGAGGGACUGGUGCACUUCACAAAAUAGAUGGCAUCAUGAGGAAGGAAAAUUAUGUGGAUAUAUUGAAGCAACAUCUCAAGACAUCAGUCAGGAAGUUAAAGCUUGGUCGCAAAUGGGUCUUCCAAAUGGACAAUGACCCCAAGCAUACUUCCAAAGUUGUGGCAAAAUGGCUUAAGGACAACAAAGUCAAGGACCUCAAUCCUAUAGAAAAUGUGUGGGCAGAACUGAAAAAGCGUGUGCGAGCAAGGAGGCCUACAAACUUGACUCAGUUACACCAGCUCUGUCAGGAGGAAUGGGCCAAAAUUCACCCAACUUAUUGUGGGAAGCUUGUGGAAGGCUACCCGAAACGUUUAACCCAAGUUAAACAAUUUAAAGGCAAUGCUACCAACUACUAAUGGUUUAUGCAAACUUCUGACCCACUGGGAAUGUGAUGAAAGAAAUAAAAGAUGAAAGAAAUAAUUCUCUCUACUAUUAUUCUGACAUUUCACAUUCAUAAAAUAAAGUGGUGAUCCUAACUGACCUAAGACAGGGAAUUUCUACUAGGAUUAAAUGUCAGGAAUUGUGAAAAACUGAGUUUAAAUGUAUUUGGCUAAGGUGUAUGUAAACUUCCGACUUAACUGUUAUAUAUUCUUGAUAUUGUGAAGUAAAACACAUUUAUCAUUUCCUAUCCACACACACCCCUAUUUACUAUCUUCUUUAAAAAAUUAAAAUAAUACACAGUUGAGCUGCAUAGAGCACACACGUUAAUGCCGCAUUAACUUGAAAUCCAACAAUUCUGCUGGCAGCAACUUCCGAAAGUCUCUGCUUCCACCUGCAGAUGGAUAAGCAAAAAAACGGCGCGAAGGACCCGUCAAUGCGUUCCAAAUGACGCGCACUACGUUCUCUUGCGCUCCUCAAUGAAUGAAAUAGCAUCCACCACCACACUUUCAUGCAUGGAAUGUCUCUAGCGCUGCCCCACUUGCCUCAUCCACAGGUAUGCACCUCGCGCUCAACUCUGAAGCUAUUUGGUGCUUUUGUCUCUUUUUCUUCCAGGUGAAUGGAACAUAUUUUCAAACAAAAUAUCGGCCAAGAGUAGUGGCAGAUCAAAGCUGAGAAGUUCACAUUUAAGAAGAACUGAUUUGAAGCCUGACCAUGGCGACAAUUGGGGAUUUCGACCCGCUCAACUCCACCGUACCUGCGACUAAAAUAGAACUUACCGUCUCGUGCAGGUAAGACCAGUGUAAUCACAACGUAUCCAAUGUCAUUAUUGAAUAAAACAUGUUAGAUAUACGCUGUUGAUAAUGUUGUAGAAUGAUAGACUAUCAACUGGAAUGAGUGUUGUAGCCUAUAUCUUAUUUGGCACGGAGCCGUUUGCGCAUCAAUAUUUUGCACAUAAUUAGUACCUCAACUAUACUCAAACCUCUGUUGGCUAAAGUCGUGAUUUCAUUUUUUUUUUAUCUCAAUAAGUGUCUUUGUAUCUCUGUGCAAAACUCAGACGCUUGCAAGGAAUUUGCAUUAACAGUGGGUAUAGAGCUGCGUGGGGGUACAGCAGCAUAACGGUAUUAGUAAUUCUGAGUGGCUUCGAGAGAGCUCCAACAGGCGUAACUCACAGAUCACAUGGAUAGGUUAUGGAUAUUAAUACGCCGCCGUCCAUGUUCUUGUCACAUUCAAAUCAGCUAGACGGUGUGUGAGAGGAAGGAGUAGGUGCUCACAUUUUAUUCAGGUCAGGAGUGCCGUGCGCACUUCUCCAUCACUUAUUUUCACAGUGGAACUUUGCAUGUCCAAGAAGAAGAAUUACGUAGGUACCACUGGAAUCGAGAUUCUGUCCUAACCAAUGCCUUGAUUCAUAGUGUUUGACCUGGUAAACACAAGUAGGCCCUAUACAGCCUAGUUGUCUUAAAGCCUGUUGGAGCGCUAAGCUUGGUGCACCUUAGUCCUUAUUUAGGGGAUUUACUUAGGCUUACUUGAAAAACAAAAGCCACAUGGGUAGGUGGAAAGAACAUCAUUAUGUUGCUUUCAUUAUUUACAGCUACAUGUUUCCACUUAUAUGUUGGAUAAAUCACAAUCAUAGGCUAAAAAUUCAUUUUAAAUACAAUCCCAUUAAUUCAUGACAUCUGUUCAGACACAGUUGAAAACAGUUUUUUUAAAUGUAGAUUUCAGUAGGCUACAUCUUCAGCUGCAAGUAUAGAUUGAAAGGAAAUAGCUAACAAAAGUAAUUUUCUUUAAACAAACUUGUUUGGGUGGCAAAUGUAAAUAUUGGCGAGUUUAGCAUUUUCAGCCUACCUCGGCCUAUGGAACAGACAGGGCUGGUCUACAGGGGGGCGGGUUGGCAAGGGGGGAUUGUCUGACACUGACAGAAUGGGGUUGGGUGAAUUCCCCUCUGAAACACACACUCCAUGGCAACUGGGCAUCAGCUGUGAAUAUGAGAGAGUACUUGGCGCAUAGAGACCCACAGGGUCUUGACAGCCAAACUCAGAAAAAUACAUGAAUAAUCAAAACAAACAGGCCAUAGUCAGUGGGCCAGUUAAUUUUAUUUUGUUAUUUCUUAGAGGGUAGAUUGUGGCUUCUAUCAAUGUAAUUAUCUGCAUAAUUUCCAAUCCCCCAUAUAUUGUUUGGUAAAUACACUGCUCAAAAAAAUAAAGGGAACACUAAAAUAACACAUCCUAGAUCUGAAUGAAUGAAAUAAUCUUUUUAAAUACUUUUUUCUUUACAUAGUUGAAUGUGCUGACAACAAAAUCACACAAAAAUUAUCAAUGGAAAUCAAAUUUAUCAACCCAUGGAGGGCUGGAUUUGGAGUCACCCUCAAAAUUAAAGUGGAAAACCACACUACAGGCUGAUCCAACUUUGAUGUAAUGUCCUUAAAAUAAGUCAAAAUGAGGCUCAGUAGUGUGUGUGGCCUCCACGUGCCUGUAUGACCUCCCUACAACGCCUGGGCAUGCUCCUGAUGAGGUGGCGGAUGGUCUCCUGAGGGAUCUCCUCCCAGACCUGGACUAAAGCAUCCGCCAACUCCUGGACAGUCUGUGGUGCAACGUGCCGUUGGUGGUUGGAGCGAGACAUGAUGUCCCAGAUGUGCUCAAUUGGAUUCAUGUCUGGGGAACGGGCGGGCCAGUCCAUAGCAUCAAUGCCUUCCUCUUGCAGGAACUGCUGACACACUCCAGCCACAUGAGGUCUAGCAUUGUCUUGCAUUAGGAGGAACCCAGGGCCAACCGCACCAGCAUAUGGUCUCACAAGGGGUCUGAGGAUCUCAUCUCGGUACCUAAUGGCAGUCAGGCUACCUCUGGCGAGCACAUGGAGGGCUGUGCGGCCCCCCAAAGAAAUGCCAACCCACACCAUGACUGACCCACCGCCAAACCGGUCAUGCUGGAGGAUGUUGCAGGCAGCAGAACGUUCUCCACGGCGUCUCCAGACUCUGUCACGUCUGUCACAUGUGCUCAGUGUGAACCUGCUUUCAUCUGUGAAGAGCACAGGGCGCCAGUGGCGAAUUUGCCAAUCUUGGUGUUCUCUGGCAAAUGCCAAACGUCCUGCACAGUGUUGGGCUGUAAGCACAACCCCCACCUGUGGACGUCGGGCCCUCAUACCACCCUCAUGGAGUCUGUUUCUGACUGUUUGAGCAGACACAUGCACAUUUGUUGCCUGCUGGAGGUCAUUUUGCAGGGCUCUGGCAGUGCUCCUCCUGCUCCUCCUUGCACAAAGGCGGAGGUAGCAGUCCUGCUGCUGGGUUGUUGCCCUCCUACGGCCUCCUCCACAUCUCCUGAUGUACUGGCCUGUCUCCUGGUAGCGCCUCCAUGCUCUGGACACUACGCUGACAGACACAGCAAACCUUCUUGCCACAGCUCGCAUUGAUGUGCCAUCCUGGAUGAGCUGCACUACCUGAGCCACUUGUGUGGGUUGUAGACUCCAUCUCAUGCUACCACUAGGGUGAAAGCACCGCCAGCAUUCAAAAGUGACCAAAACAUCAGCCAGGAAGCAUAGGAACUGAGAAGUGGUCUGUGGUCACCACCUGCAAAACCAGUCCUUUAUUGGGGGUGUCUUGCUAAUUGCCUAUAAUUUCCACCUGUUGUCUAUUCCAUUUGCACAACAGCAUGUGAAAUUUAUUGUCAAUCAGUGUUGCUUCCUAAGUGGACAGUUUGAUUUCACAGAAGUGUGAUUUACUUGGAGUUACAUUUUGUUGUUUAAGUGUUCCCUUUAUUUUUUGAGCAGUGUAUAUACACUACCGGUCAAAAGUUUUAGAACACCUACUCAUUCAUUUUUACUAUUUUCUACAUUGUAGAAUAAUAGUGAAGACAUCAAAACUAUGAAAUAACACAUAUGGAAGCAUGUAGUAACCAAAGAAGUGUUAAACAAAUCAAAAUAUAUUUUAUAUUUGAGAUUCUUCAAAGUAACCACCCUUUGCCCUGAUGACAGCUUUGCAUACUCUUGGCAUUCUCUCAACCAGUUUGAUGAGGUGUGCCUUCUUAAAAGUUAAUUUGUGGAAUUUCUUUCCUUCUUAAUGCGUUUGAGCCAAUCAGUUGUGUUUUGACAAGGUGGGGGGGGGGGGGGGGGGGGGGGUAUACAGAAGAUAGUCCUAUUUGGUAAAAGACCAAGUCCUUAUUAUGGCAAGAACAGCUCAAAUAAGCAAAGAGAAACGACAGUCCAUCAUUACUUUAAGACAUGAAGUUCAGUCAAUAUGGAAAAUGUCAAGAACUUUGAAAGUUUCUUCAAGUGCAGUCGCAAAAACCAUCAAGCACUAUGAUGAAACUGGCUCUCAUUUGGACAUCCACAGGAAUGGAAGACCCAGAGUUACCUCUGCAGCAGAGGAUAAAUUCAUUAGAGUUACCAGCCUCAGAAAUUGCAGCCCAAAUAAUGCUUCACAGAGUUCAAGUAACAGAAACAUCUCAACAUCAACUGUUCAGAGGAGACUGUGUGAAUCAGGCCUUCAUGGUCAAAUUGCUGCAAAGAAACCACUAAUAAAGGACACCAAUAAUAAGAAGAGACUUGCUUGGGCCAAGAAAUAUAAGCAAUGGACAUUAGACCGGUGGAAAUUUGGUUUGAGUCCAAAUUUGAGAGUUUUGGUUCCAACCGCCGUGUCUUUGUGAGACGCGGUGUGGGUGAAAGGUUGAUGUCCACAUGUGUAUUUCCCACCGUAAAGCACGGAGGAGGAGGUGUUAUGGUGUGGGGGUGCUUUGCUGUUGACACUGUCUGUCAUUUUUUUUAGAAUUCAAGGCACACAUAACCAGCAUGGCUACCACAGCAUUCUGUAGCGAUACGCCAUCCCAUCUGGUUUGGGUUUAGUGGGACUAUCAUUUGUUUUUCAACAGGACAAUGACCGAACACACCUCCAGGCUGUGUAAUGGCUAUUUUACUAAGAGGGAGAGUGAUGGAGUGCUGCAUCAGAUGAACUGCCCUCCACAAUCCCCUGACCUCAACCAAAUUGAGAUUGUUUGGGAUGAGUCGGACCUCAGAGUGAAGGAAAAGCAGCCAACAAGUGCUCAGCAUAUGUGGGAACUCCUUCAAGUCUGUUGGAAAAGCAUUCCAGGUGAAACUGGUUGAGAGAAUGUCAAGAGUGUGCAAAGCUGUCAUCAAAGCAAAGGGUGGGUAUUUGAAGAAUCUCAAAUAUAAAAUAUAUUUUGAUUGGUUUAACACUUUUUUGCUUACUACCUGAUUCCAUAUGUGUUAUUUCAUAGUUUUGAUGUCUUCACUAUUAUUCUACAAUGUAAAAAAUAGUACAAAUAAAGAAAAAGCCUUUAUUGAGUAGGUGUGUCCAAACUUUUGACUGGUAGUGUAAGUAUUCAGACCCUUUACUCAGUACGUUGUUGAAUCACCUUUGGCAGCGAUUACAGCCUCAAGUCUUCUUGGGUAUGACACUACAAGCUUGGCACACCUGUAUUUGGGGCGUUUCUCCCAUUAUUCUCUGCAGAUCCUCUCAAGCUCUGUCAGGUUGCAUGGGGAGCGUCGCUGCACAGCUAUUUUCAGGUCUCUCCAGAGAUGUUCAAUCGGGAUCAAGUCCUGGCUCUGGCUGGGCCACUCAAGGACAUUCAGAGACUUGUCCCGAAGCCACUCCUGCGUUGUCUUGGCUGUGUGCUUAGGGUCGUUGUCCUUCGCCCCAGUCUGAGGUCCUGAGCGCUCUGGAGCAGGUUUUCAUCAAGGAUUUCACUGUACUUGGCUCCGUUCAUCUUUCCCUUGAUCCUGACUAGUCUCCCAGUCACUGCCACUGAAAAACAUCCCCACAGCAUGAUGCUGCCACCACCAUGCUUCAUCUUAGGGAUGGUGCCAGGUUUCCUCCAGAUGUAACGCUUGGCAUUCAGGCCAAAGAGUUCAAUCUUGGUUUCAUCAGACCAGAGAAUCUUGUUUCUCAUGGUCUGAGAGUCCUUUAUGUGCCUUUUGGCAAACUCCAAGCGGGCUGUCAUGUGCCUUUUACUGAGGAGUGGCUUCCGUCUGGCCACUCUACCAUAAAGGCCUGAUUGGUGGAGUGCUGCAGAGAUGGUUGUCCUUCUGGAAGGUUCUCCCAUCUCCACAGAGGAACUCUGGAGCUCUGUCAGAGUGACCAUUGGGUUCUUGGUCACCUCCCUGACCAAUGCCCUUCUCCCCCGAUUGCUCAGUUUGGCCAGGCGGCCAGCUCUAGAAAGAGUCUUGAUAGUUCCAAACUUCUUCCAUUUUAAGAAUGAUGGAGGCCACUGUGUUAUUGGGGCCCUUCAAUGCUGCAGAAAUGUUUUGGUACCCUUCCCCAGAUCUGUGCCUCGACACAAUCCUGUCUCGGAGCUCUAUGGACAAUUCCUUCGAUCGCAUGGCUUGGUUUUUGCUCUGACAUGCGCUGUCAACUGUGGGACCUUAUAUAGACAGGUGUGUGCCUUUCCAAAUCAUGUCCAAUCAAUUGAAUCUACCACAGGUGGACUCCAAUCAAGUUGUAGAAACAUCUCAAGGAUGAUCAAUGGAAACAGGAUGCACCUGAGCUCAAUUUCGAGUCUUAUUGCAAAGGAUCUGAAUACUUAUGUAAAUAAGGUAUUUCUGUUUUUUUUUAAAUAAUAAAUGUGCAAAAAUUUUAAUAACUGUUUUUCGCUUUGUCAUUAUUGGGUAUUGUGUGUAGAUUGAUGAGGAAAAUUGUUUAUUUAAUCCAUUUUAGAAUAAGGUUGUAACCUUACAAAAUUUGGAAAAAGGGAAGGGGUCUGAAUACUUUCCGAAUGCACUGUAUAUGACAAUUAUUUGAUGGUUUGACCGCAUUCUGUCCCCUAUCAACACUUUUUAAACUUUUGGUGCCAGCGAGAAUGACAUAAGAAAGUAGUCAAGAUGGCUAGCUUGAUUGAGCCUCCUCCAUGUAUAUCUCACUAGGUCAGGUUAUUUAAGCCUCCAUAUAUCCACUAGUUCCAAUAUAUCCAUGAUAUUUGUGAUUUCUUUAAGUGCAUGAGUGGGAUAGUUUGUAGUGUGAUUUCCUUUACGGUCCAUUGAGGUAUUUAAAACCGUAUUAUAAUCUCCCUCCAUUUUAAUAGAGUCUUGUAAAUAUGGGAGAAGUUUAUUUCGCCCCCUCAGUAAUUUUCCCACACAACUUAAUCUAAAAUGGUUGAAUGAGUUUCCUGUAAACAAUAGCUAUUAUAUUCCUUCUCUUUUAGCAGGUAAAUACUGAUCGUCUUUUCUUAUUAUCUGCUAAGCCAUUACAAUUAUAACUGGUUAUACUUAUUUCACCAUUUACCAUAAUGAGAUACAAGUUUCAAUUAUAUUUAUCAUAAUAUACUGUAUGUUUGUAAACUUACAAUUACAAAGUACCAUGAUGAUUGAGUGUCCAAUAGCUUUACCAUGAUAUUUGCACUGCUACUGAGUAAACCUCCAAUUGUUCUCUACUCCCCCCAUCCCAAGUUGGGUUGUCGUCCCAGUGACUGGCAGACCACCCUGUCCACCUGGAUCCUCGGGCCUUUGAGAUAUUGGGACCCAUCCUUUGAAAAGAGCACACAGUGCCACCUACAGAAUAGAAGCAGAUCAACAGCCAAAAGCAAUUCCAACGCCCUCACCUCGAUUUUACUGUAUACAGUUAUUCAAAAUAUACAGUGAGGGAAAAAAGUAUUUGAUCCCCUGCUGAUUUUGUACGUUUGCCCACUGACAAAGAAAUGAUCAGUCUAUAAUUUUAAUGGUAGGUUUAUUUGAACAGUGAGAGACAGAAUAACAACAAAGAAAUCCAGAACAACGCUUGUCAAAAAUGUUAUAAAUUGAUUUGCAUUUUAAUGAGGGAAAUCAGUAUUUGACCCCCUCUCAAUCAGAAAGAUUUCUGGCUCCCAGGUGUCUUUUAUAGAGGUAACGAGCUGAGAUUAGGAGCACACACUUAAAGGGAGUGCUCCUAAUCUCAGCUUGUUACCUGUAUAAAAGACACCUGUCCACAGAAGCAAUCAAUCAAUCAGAUUCCAAACUCUCCACCAUGGCCAAGACCAAAGAGCUCUCCAAGGAUGUCAGGGACAAGAUUGUAGACCUACACAGGGCUGGAAUGGGCUACAAGACCAUCGCCAAGCAGCUUGGUGAGAAUGUGACAACAGUUGGUGCGAUUAUUCGCAAAUGGAAGAAACACAAAAUAACUGUCAAUCUCCCUCGGCCUGGGGCUCCAUGCAAGAUCUCACCUCGUGGAGUUUCAAUGAUCAUGAGAACGGUGAGGAAUCAGCCCAGAACUACACGGGAGGAUCUUGUCAAGGAUCUCAAGGCAGCUGGGACCAUAGUCACCAAGAAAACAAUUGGUAACACACCACGCCGUGAAGGACUGAAAUCCUGCAGCGCCCGCAAGGUCCCCCUGAUCAAGAAAGGCACAUAUACAGGCCUGUCUGAAGUUUGCCAAUGAACAUCUGAAUGAUUCAGAGGAGAACUGGGUGAAAGUGUUGUAGUCAGAUUAGACCAAAAUGGAGCUCUUUGGCAUCAACUUAACUCGCCGUGUUUGGAGGAGGAGGAAUGCUGCCUAUGACCCCAAGAACACCAUCCCCACCGUCAAACAUGUAGGUGGAAACAUUAUGCUUUGGGGGUGUUUUUCUGCUAAGGGGACAGGACAACUUCACCGCAUCAAAGGGACGAUGGACGGGGCCAUGUAACGUCAAAUCUUGGGUGAGAACCUCCUUCCCUCAGCCAGGGCAUUGAAAAUGGGUCGUGGAUGGGUAUUCCAGCAUGACAAUGACCCAAAACACACGGCCAAGGCAACAAAGGAGUGUCUCAAGAAGAAGCACAUUAAGGUCCUGGAGUGGCCUAGCCAGUCUCCAGACCUUAAUCCCAUAGAAAAUCUGUGGAGGGAGCUGAAGGUUCGAGUUGCCAAACGUCAGCCUCGAAACCUUAAUGACUUGGAGAAGAUCUGCAUAGAGGAGUGGGACAAAAUCCCUCCUGAGAUGUGUGCAAACCUGGUGGCCAACUACAAGAAACGUCUGACCUCUGUGAUUGCCAACAAGGGUUUUGCCACCAAGUACUAAGUCAUGUUUUGCAGAGGGGUCAAAUACUUAUUUCCCUCAUUAGAAUGCAAAUAAAUUUAUAACAUUUUUGACAUGCAUUUUUCUGGAUUUUUUUGUUGUUAUUCUGUCUCUCACUGUUCAAAUAAACCUACCAUUAACAUUAUAGACUGAUCAUGUCUUUGUCAGUGGGCAACCGUACAAAAUCAGCAGGGGAUCAAAUACUUUUUUCCCUCACUGUAUAUUGUCAAGGCUGAGGUGUAUGUGGUGUGGGAGUCAGGCGCAGGACAGCGAAGCUUAGUCCAACAAAGUUUACUUUUGAACCACAAGGCAAAGAUACAAUGAACGGCCUCAAAACAAAACAGAGGCGAGCAAUUACGCAACUAUGCGUAACACAACAAAACAGAGAAAAAACACGCAGCACUAUGGACAGGAGAAAAACAACACACAACCUAACCAAUACAAAACAGGCAACUUAUAGAACACGUAAUCAGACACAAACGGACACAGGUGUAAUAGACAGACAAAAGCAAUCAAACAUAGAAACAUUCAACGGUGGCAGCUAGUACUCCGGGGACGACGAACGCCGAAGCCUGCCCGAACUAGGAGGAGGAGCAGCCUCGGCAGAAUCCGUGACAGUACCCCCCCCUUGACGCGCGGCUCCAGCCGUGUGCCGACCCCGGCCUCGGGGACGGCCAGGAGGACGCGGACCCGGGCGCGUGGGAUGCCCACGGUGGAACUCAGUCAGGAGGGAUGGAUCUAGGAUGUCCCUCCUAGGCACCCAGCACCGUUCCUCCGGACUGUACCCCUCCCACUCCACGAGAUACUGGAGACCACUCAUCCGGCGCCUCGAGUCCAAGAUGGUCCGGACCCUGUACGCCGGGGCCCCCUCGAUGUCCAAAGGGGGCGGAGGGGUCUCUCCUAUCUUAUCUUCUUGGAGUGGGCCAGCUACCACCGGCCUGAGAAGAGACACAUGGAACGAGGGGUUAAUAUUAUUGUAAUCAAUAGGCAGUUGUAACCUGUAACACACCUCGUUCAAUCUUCUCAGGACUUUAAAGGGCCCCACAAACCGCCGACCCAGCUUCCGGCAGGGCAGGCGGAGGGGCAGGUUUCGAGUCGAGAGCCAGACUCGAUCUCCCGGUGCGUACACCGGUCCCUCACUGCGUUGGCGAUCGGCGCUCGCCUUUUGUCGACGGAUGGCCCGCUGCAGAUGGACAUGGGCAGCGUCCCACGUCUCCUCCGAGCGCCGAAUCCACUCAUCCACCGCAGGGGCCUCGAUCUGGCUCUCGUGCCAUGGUGCCAGGACCGGCUGAUACCCUAAAACACACUGGAAAGGUGUUAAAUUGGUGGAGGAGUGGCGGAGAGAGUUCUGGGCCAUCUCUGCCCAGGGGAUAUACCUAGACCACUCCUCCGGCCGGCCCUGGCAAUAGGACCUCAGAAAACCUACCCACAUCCUGGUUGACUCGUUCAACCUGCCCAUUGCUCUCUGGGUGGUACCCCGAGGUAAGGCUCACCGAGACCCCCAAGCAUUCCAUGAACGCCCCCCAGACUCUGGAGGUGAACUGGGGACCUCGGUCAGACACAAUAUCCUCGGGGACCCCAUAGUGCCGGAACACGUGGGUAAAUAGGGCCUCAGCGGUCUGUAGGGCAGUAGGGAGACCCGGCAUUGGGAGGAGACGACAGGCCUUGGAAAACCGAUCCACAACGGCCAAAAUGGUGGUAUUCCCCUGGGAGGGGGGUAGGUCGGUCACAAAAUCCACCGAGAGGUGGGACCAUGGUCGUUGUGGAACGGGCAGGGGAUGUAACUUUCCCCUGGGCAAAUGUCUAGGUGCCUUACACUGGGCGCACACCGAGCAGGAGGAGACAUAAACCCUCACAUCCUUAGCUAACGUUGGCCACCAGUAUUUCACGCUAAGGCAAGAUGUAACACGCCGUGUCCGGCAAAUACCUGAGGAAUGAUGCCAGGUGGAAGUCGGGGGCAAAGGUGACUGUGGGUGUAAAUACAUAGAACGCCCCCAAAAGAUGGACAUCAGAAAGCGUGGGAGGGGGCGAUCGACACGGGGGGGUCUGACUCGCGGUCAGUGCGGGAGAGAGCGAGCGGAACGUAAGGCACGUACUCCGCACCGCCACGGACACCUAGAAGAAAACUCGGCGUUGGAUUAGGUCGCGUACGUGCAGUAGUCCCGACCCUACGCCUCUCCCGCAGCAUGCGUCCACCUCGUGGGGGCGCGCACGUACGUCUCCCGCUCAGUCGCCAGGUCUCAGUACAAGAACUGCGCGGCACUUAUGUGAGUAGUGCUGCGCAAUGGACCUCUACCUCCUGUGUCAUCCCUCCGCACCGCCGAUGACAGUCCAGCGUAUCUGCCUGUUACCCGUCUCUAGAAAAAAAAAACAAAUAAAACCGCGUGGGAUGUAUCAUGUGAUCUUAAAAAACAAACCGGGUCAGGAACAUGUUCCACCUAGCCUGCCGAGGGUUAAUCUCCUAGUCUGCCCGGAUGUACUCCAGGUUACGGUGGUCAGUCAGAAUGAGGAAAGGGUGUUGAGCCCCCUCAAGCCAAUGCCUCCACCCACCUUUAGGGCCUGGGACUACAGCUAACAGCUCCCUGUCCCCUACGUCAUAAUUACGCUCCGCCGAGCUGAGCUUCUUAGAAUAGAACGCACAGGGGCGGAGCUUAGGUGGCGUGCCGGAACCGUUGCGACAGGACUGCCCCAAUACCGGCCUCGGACGCGUCUACCUCUACUUGGAAUGGUAAAGAGGGAUCCGGAUGCGCCAGCACCGGAGCAGAGGUGAACAGGUUUUUCAGUUUGACAAAUGCCCUGUCCGCCUCAGCUGACCACUGCAAGCGAACCGGACCCCCCUUUAGCAGGGAACGUAAUGGGAGCUGCAACCUGUCCAAAGCCCCGGAUAAACCUCCGGUAGUAAUUAGCAAAACCCAAAAACUGCUGCACCUCUUUUACAGUGGUUGGAGUUUGCCAAUUACGCACGGCCGACACACGGUCAACCUCUAUCUUCACUCCAGACAAAGGGGAAUAAGAAGACUAAUCCAAAAGAUAAAACAGACGCGACCAUCACGGGGCCAAGCAAUUGGACGGACUCCUGGAAGAAACAAGCAUCUUCUCUCGCCUUGACUCCAUGUCACUAGUCUCCAACAUGUCUCACUCACUCACUACGCGACACCAGGGCUACCGGCGCCGUGGUCGUGUGUGUAGGGGUGAUCAGCCGGUCCCGGCACCAGCCGAGAGGACAUAAUCGAGUCCCCUGCGGUGUGGAGAGUGGGUCGGCGCUCAGGGGAAGUGGACGCAGGCCCUGUCCAUCUGCGCGGCCAUCCGUCGACAAAAGCUAGCGCCGAUCGCCACGCAGUGAGGGACCGUUGUACAGCACCGGAGAUCUCGUCUGGCUUCUCGACUCGAAACCUUCCCCUCCGCCUUCGCUGCUGUUGGCGCGGAAGGCUGGUCGUGCGGUGUUGUGGUCACGAAGAGUCACACCACCUUAUAAAGAUUCCUAGGAUGAAAUCAUGUACGUCGGACUCCACACCUGCCCAUGCAUGUCCGGAAAAUCUCGUUCAACAAAGGAUUGGAAGACUUGAAGGAGCAUUCAUUAACCCUAGUUGGCAUGACGAGAUAUCGUAAUGACCCGAGGGUGGUGCUAAAUGCUGUUUUCCAUUCAUCCCCCUCCCUAAUGCGCCACCAGAUUUACGCGCUCCUGAGAUCCCAACUUUGUGAAGAACCCGCCGCUCACGCGUAAUGAUUCCUUGUCCAUAGUCGCCCAAUCAGUGGGACGAGGGUAACUGCUACUUAACCCGUGAUCUGAUUGAGACUACGGUAAUCAAUUACACGGGCGCAAACCCCCGUCCUUCUUCUCACAAAAAAAGAAACUCGAGGAAACCGGGGAAGGGGAGGACCGUAUGUAUCCCUGUUGCCAAGGACUCGGCUAUGUAAGUCUCCAUAGCCGCUGUCUCCUCUUGAGACAGGGGAUACACACGGCUCCGCGGAAGUGCCGCUCCUGUUUGGAGAUCUAUCGCACAAUCCCCCUGUCUAUGAGGUGGUAGCCGUGUUGCCCUCGUUUUGCUGAACACAAGUGCUAAAUCCUCAUAUUCAGGGGGAAUGCGCAUUGCGGGCACUUGGUUCGGACUCUCUACCGAGGUCGCCCCUAAGGAAACACCUAGACAUCUCCCUACACACUGGGCAGACCACUCCAUAAGAGCCCUCUGUUGCCACGCAAUGGUAGGAUCAUGGGCGCUUAACCAGGGAAGCCCCAGCACCACGGGAUACGCAGGAGAGUCAAUCAGAUAAAACUGAAUGAUCUCCUCAUGACCCCCCUGCGUCGUCAUCUUAAGUGGUGCUGUGACUUCUCUGAUCAACCCCGACCCCAACGGCCGGCUGUCUAGGGCAUGAACAGGAAAGGGGGCUUCUACCGGCCGAAGGGGAAUUCCUAACCUAUAACAAAAUGCACGAUCAACAAAAUUCCCAGCUGCGCCUGAAUCUACUAGCGCCUUAUACUGGGAAUGAGGUGCCACCUGUGGAAAUCUCACAGGUAUACACAUGUGACCAACAGAGAGCUCUGGGUAAGUGGGGCGCCUACUCACCUGAAAUGACUCCCCAGUGCGUGACCUGUUGUCCCCUCUCCCAGGAGACCCUCCCCAGCACCUGGCCGCGGUGUGUCCUCCACGGCCACAGUUGGUGCAGGGGAUGGCCCCCCUCGGGUUCUCUCUCCUCCUCUCUCUAGCGCCAGCACCUCUGAGCUCCAUGGGAAUCGGCUCGGAGGUGCUGGAGGGUGGAAUGGACGACCCCCACUCGGGACGUCCGCGGGUAGCCAGCAGGGUGUCGAGACGGAUGGAGAUGUCCACCAACUGGUCGAAGGAUAGGUUGGUGUCCCUGCAGGCCAGCUCACGACGAACGUCCUCUCGUAGGCUACACCGGUAAUGGUCGAUGAGGGCCCUCUCAUUCCACCCCGCAUCCGCCGCUAGAGUCCGGAACUCCAGGGCGAACUCCUGUGCGCUCCUCUUCCCCUGUCGGAGGUGGAACAGACGCUCCCCCGCCGCCUUCCCCUCAGGUGGAUGAUCGAAGACAGCCCUGAAGCGGCGGGAGAACUCCGCGUAGGUGAUGGUAGCGGCGUCUAUUCCCCUCCAUUCGGCGUUGGCCCACUCCAACGCCUUGCCGGAUAGACAGGAGAUGAGGGCGGAGACGCUCUCGUAUCCCGAGGGCGCUGGGUGUAUGGUGGCCAGGUAGAGUUCCACCUGCAGGAGGAACCCCUGACACCCGGCUGCAGAACCAUCAUAUGCCCUCGGGAGCGAGAGCCGAAUGCCACUGGGUUCCGGUGCUGAGAGAGGAGGACUGGCCGUUGGUGAUGGUAUGGUGUGAGAAGGCGUGGGCACCUCUCCCGUAACCAACCGGCGCAGAGUGUUGGACACCUCGUUCAUGGCGGCCCCAAGUUGCCGGAUCAUGGUGUCUUGGUCGCUGAUCCGAUCCUCCAGCGACUUGGGUGCCGCCACUGCUCCUGCUGACUCCAUACUGGUGUGUUGUUCUGUCAAGGCUGAGGUGUAUGUGGUGUGGGAGUCAGGCGCAGGACACCGAAGCUUAGUCCAACAAAGUUUACUUGUGAACCACAAGGCAAAGAUACAAUGAACGGCCUCAAAACAAAACAGAGGCGAGCAAUUACGCAACUAUGCGUAACACAACAAAACAGAGAAAAAACACGCAGCACUAUGGACAGGAGAAAAACAACACACAACCUAACCAAUACAAAACAGGCAACUUAUAGAACACGUAAUCAGACACAAACGGACACAGGUGUAAUAGACAGACAAAAGCAAUCAAACAUAGAAACAUUCAACGGUGGCAGCUAGUACUCCGGGGACGACGAACGCCGAAGCCUGCCCGAACUAGGAGGAGGCAGAAUCCGUGACAUAUAUCUAUUACAAAUUCUUGCAAAUCUUAAUUUAUUUCCACAAUUAACGAAUAAUAUGGGUAAUGAUGUAGGCACUUCCAACAAAGGAUUGUUACAUAUAACCAGGACUGACAUUACAAAAAUGAAAUUUUUGGCAAGCAAACAAUUAUUGUGAUUCAUCCUAUACUGUCCCUAACAUCAUUACCCCAUAGCAACAGAUGUGGGCCAGUUUAUUAGGUACACCCAUCUAGUAUUGGAUCGGGCCCCACUUUGCCUCCAGAACAGCCUCAAUUCUUCAGGGCAUGGAAAUGUUGCUCAAUUGGUAUCAAGGGACCUAACCUGUGCCAGAAAAACAUUCCCCACACCACUGCCACCAGCUUGUACUGUUGACACCAGGCAGGAUGGGGCCAUGGACUCAUGCUUCUUACGCCAAAUCUUGACUCUGCCAUCAGCAUGACGCCACAGGAACCAGGAUUCGACGGACUCCUCAAUUGUCCUGUGUUGGUGACAGCGUGCCCACUGGAGCUUCUUCUUCUUGUUUUUAGCUGAUAGGAGUGGAACCCGGUGUGGUCAUCUGCUGCAAUAGCCCAUCCCUGACAAUGACCGAUGAGUUGUGCUUUCCGAGAUGCCGUUCUGGACACCACUGUUGUACUGCGCUGGUAUUUGUCUGUUUGUGGCCCGCCUGUGAGCUUGAACGAUUCUUGCCAUUCUCCUUUGCCCACAGGACUGCCACUGACUGGAUGUUUUUUGUUUGUUGCACCUGUCUCUGUAAACCCUAGACACUGUCGUGGGUGAAAAGCUGGCCAUUUCUGAGAUACUGGAACCGGCGUGGCUGGCACUGACGAUCAUACCACACUCAAAGUUGCUUAGGUCACUCGUUUUGCCCAUUCUAACGUUCAAUCGAACAGUAACUGAAUGUCUCCAUGCCUGUCUGCCUGAGUUUUAUAUAUGAACAAGGAUUGGGUAUUAUGUAAAAUGUAAAAUAAAGUAUUAUAUGUUUUAUAUUAGGUGAAAUCCUAUUAUUACGUUCUAAUUUUGUACUUAUAAAUGAUGUCACACACAUAACAAAACAUCAAUCACGACCAUAUAACAUGUAGGGUUUCUCUUCUCAGUUUUGACCCCAUUACAUGAGGAAAAACUAUUUCCUCUCUUCAGAGCAGUGAUGGCUUGUGUUCUCCCUUUAAUCAAAAACAGGUCUGUCAGCCUAACUGUUGUUGACUGAUGUCUCUCCACCUCAUAGUCUGAACCUCGGUCUGGUCUGUGAAGGCAUUGCAACAUCUAAUAGGACUGGCUCUUCCACCAAUUUCUUUCAUCACUCUUGUUUGAAAGAUACCUGUCAGCUUGAUACCCCUCAAAAGCAGCCUAAACAUGUGAGCCUUGAAAGAUGCGUGGCAUUUAGAUUUUGUAUAGAUUAUUACAGGUUCGACACCAAAGUUUGGGUAAAUGUACGACCGUCUUAUUGGCAUUCAUAGCUACGAUAUUGAGGAAGGUCGGUAUAAAUGUAUCUCUCUCUUUCUCUCUCUCUCUUUCUCUUCUCUGCUCUUCUCUUCUCUCCCCUCCAUCCUCGCGCAAUCCCUGUUCCCCCUGUCUCUCCAUUUCCCUCUUUCUAUCCUUCCCCUCUCCACUUUCUCACUCUCUCCCCCUCUUUCCAUCCAACCCUUCUCUCUGUGUAAGGUGCUGUGCAAUAAACAGGUGGUGAAUGUAUUGCAGUUGUAAAGUAUUAUCCUCUUAGUUUGUCCACUGCAAAAAGCAGUAUUUUUUAAGUCAUAUAGUUAUAGUAAAUUAUGUUGCCAUGGUGUGACAAAGCAACACCUGUUUUACUGUGUUCAAACAAAUGUACCUUUACUUUACACAAUCCAUGUUUAACAGGUUGUAAAAAAUUGUACUUUUUUUAUUGUGAAGUGUAUUGUUUUGAUUGUACUCUGUCCUUCACCAUCUUGCAUUGCUUUGGCCUGAGCCCUAAUAUCGAUAUAAAUACUAAACCAAGCAAAUGUAUGCAAUAAUAAUAAGCCAUUUAGAAGACACUUUGACCCAAAGCAAGUUUACAGUGACUACAUUUUGAGGCCACAGUGGGAUUCAAACCCAUGACUCUGGAGCGUCACACUCUUACCAACUGAGCGUGUGUAGCUAUAGCUAUGUUGCUAUUGUAGCAACCGUAACCUAACACCUAGCGACCUCGUCAAGAGGUUCAGACCUCUUUGCGUAAUGGUUAAGGUGUUGGCUUGACAGUCACUGGACCCGGGUUUGAGUCCCAGUCGGGGAUACCCACCAACUGAAAUGGGAUGGUACCUGUGAGGCAAUUGGAGCUGCGUGUACACGUAAGGGACUUGUAUAGAGACAUGUUGGACCUCUUGGCGUAAUGGUUAAGGUGUUGGCUUGACAGAUACUGGACCCAGAUUUGUUUUUUCUCAUAGUCUGCUGUUGAAGUGACCUCAGUGGUGAUUCACAUUUUUAAAAAAAACAUGAUGAUGAGUAGGUCAACAUGGAGCUAGGGAUGGGGCGGCGCUGUGGGAGAAUGUCAAUCACAGCAGGAGAGCACUCUGAUUGGAUGUGUUCUCCUCAUGUCCCUAUUGGGCCAAAAACAAUGAAGGAAGAGACAGGGAGGAGAGUUAGUCAUUCUCAAAACAACAUGGCCGAUCCAGACCUGCUGAGCACAUCACGGUGAAUACUACAAAAUAGGAGCAUUUUAGACAAAUUAGAUCUGGUCAGAAGAAUUGGGAGUUUAUCAUUGGGGCUUAUUGCAAACGUGUUAUUGAUUUGUAAUUAUUCAAUUAUCAUUUUUAUUUUUGCAGCCAUAUGCUUCCAUAAACUCAAACUGUACAUUUAUCGCGUGCUGUGGAAGGCUGACAAGGAAAACAAGACAAAGCCUCAUACCAAAGAAAAGCCAGGAAAGGAAAGGCCUCGCUGGUUUUUAUUUUAGGUCUGUCACCCUCCACUGUCCAGCAAGUACCCCAUGACCAGCUAGUCUGGUGUGGUCCAGCAAGUUUAUACCCCAUGACCAGCUAGUCUGGUGUGUCCAGCAAGUACCCCAUGACCAGCUAGUCUGGUGUGUCCAGCAAGUACCCCAUGACCAGCUAGUCUGGUGUGUCCAGCAAGUACCCCAUGACCAGCUAGUCUGGUGUGUCCAGCCAGUACCCCAUGACCAGCUAGUCUGGUGUGUCCAGCAGUACCCCAUGACCAGCUAGUCUGGUGUGUCCAGCCAGUACCACAUGACCAGCUAGUCUGGUGUGUCCAGCCAGUACCCCAUGACCAGCUAGUCUGGUGUGUCCAGCCAGUACCCCAUGACCAGCUAGUCUGGUGUGUCCAGCCAGUACCCCAUGACAAGCUAGUCUGGUGUGUCCAGCAAGUACCCCAUGACCAGCUAGUCUGGUGUGUCCAGCAAGUACCCCAUGACCAGCUAGUCUGGUGUGUCCAGCAAGUACCCCAUGACCAGCUAGUCUGGUGUGUCCAGCCAGUACCCCAUGACAAGCUAGUCUGGUGUGUCCACAAGUACCCCAUGACCAGCUUAAGUCUGGUGGUCUGGGGUGUCCAGCCAGUACCCCAUGACAAGCUAGUCUGGUGUGUCCAGCACCGUACCCCAUGA